AUGGCUAAUCCCCAACAAUCGGAUGAGCUCAUUUUUUUUGUGAACGGAAGGAAGGUAAGGAUUUCUUUUAAUACUUUAGUGUGUUUUUAAAAGGGGGGAAGGCACAUUCUUGUAUCUACAAAGAAGAUUUAAAAUGUUCUCUAGAUGUUAUUCAUGACCUUACAAAUUACAUAUCUUUUCCCUGCAAUAUUCUGUCAUUUCAAUGUCAUUGUCUACAAGUUGGGACUUUCUUUCUCUAUCUCAUUGACCACCAUUGACUGGGAUUGUCAACUAUGUUUAUUUCACAUUACUAAAUUAAACCUUGCAGACACUUCCUCUAGUGUUUGAAAGCCUAGGUCUUACGAAAAUGAAAGAGGAUGGAGCAACAGCUGUCAGAGCAAUGCUGUUGGAAAUGGAUUAAGCUAUUAUUAUAGCUAUAAGCUAUAGUAAUCGGUUGCAAUACCAUAUCACCAAACUUUUAAAAAUGAAAAUACAGCAUGAGUUCACUGUGAGUGCCCUACAACAAUCUUAAGUAAAAAGGACAUUCAAUGAAAGGUUCCCUAAUGAAAUAUAAUCAAAUAACAUUAAUAUCCCUUCAUGCUAAAAAAAAAGAGGUAUGCAUGCAAUUUAACACUUAAAAUGCACCCAUAUGUUUACUUUCUCUUGUUUUCUCCACUUGAGAACAAAGACAAUAAAACAUCUCCAUUUACAGAUAUUUCACCCAGAGAGGACGAGGAAAUGAUUAAAAUACAUGUGUCAUGUUUCUUAGCAACUUGAAUUCUGCAGUUAUUUCAAAUAGGAAGAAAACAACUGCAUGCACUAAUUGUGCUUUGUAUACUUUCAACUAUAAGUCUAGUAUGACACAACUAUAAGAGAGGCACUUUGAUUUCAGUGGGAAAAAGUUAAGCACAUUUGAAACUGUCCUAUUGAAAUUGGCAGUGUUUAAAAGUGGUUACUUGGCUAGAUUGUGCCCUUAUUUUAUAUUUAUUCUUAUCAGAAGAAGAGGAAAAUAGUGGGUGGCAUUCAACUAGCAUUUAAGUUCAUUAAUUUUAACAUCUGGAGGGCUAAAGGUUCCCUUCAGCUGCUGUAAGAAUAUUGUUGCAUGCCAUCCCAAUCUGAGCAGAGAGAUUCCAGGGGUUCGAAGCACUUGCCCAGAGUUUGUGUUUCCUUUUGGAAAUGAGGCACAGCAGAGACUAUGGUGUCUUUAUGACAUAUGGUUUCUUUACACAUAUAUACAACCUUAGCCUACGAUGGAGGGGUUCACAACACCCCAAGCGUGUCCUACUACUCCCAUAGCUGCAGCCUUGGAUUCAAGCAGAAAUCAAACAUCAUGCUCUGCCUCUGGCUUUCGAGCCUGCAGUGGUAUUUCUAGUUCACAUCACAGCUCCAAAACUCUACAUCAAACUCUGGCUUUGUAUUCUAACUAGCUAUCCGGCACAGAGCCCCCUCUCCUUGCUUUCUUAAUGGCCCAUUACCCUUCCUUCGUUCUUUUAAUGACCCAUCACCCGGGCCUUAUGAGGAAGCUUGCCUGGGUCCCAGGAUUAAGAGUCUGGCACCCAUUUUUACAUUUCAAGCCUUGAUUAAAUUCUCACACUUCCUGGAUCCAGGAAUUACAGGUGUCUGGCACCCACAAAUUCAUAACAGUAUUCAUCCAUUCAUAUAUUUUAUUACUCUUCUGCCUUGUUCUCCUCCUCUACAAAUACAUCAUAGUUAAGCAGAGCUUCCAAAAAAGAAAAGAAAAAUAUUACAAACCUUAUAUGCUGGAUCCAAAUAAAGCUAAAUGCAAAUAAGGGAGAAGGAUUUGGAUUCCAAAUCUUUUUAAAGUUUCUCCAGUAUGCAAGUUCUCCCCAAAAUGGUUCCCAUCAUAAAUCAAGGCAUAAAUCAAGAUUUCAAAAGAUGCAAUGGAAGCACUCUAGAUGCAGAGUAAAUGCCUGGAAUGCCAUCAACCCAAGUAGAUGAACUCAAGUUCCAGUUUCCCUGUGGUUUGAUAAGACCUGUAUUGUUGUGUCUGAAUAAGAGAAACUGAAGAAAAGCAGCAUGUGAUAUCAAUUCCUCUCAUCAAAAGCAUAGGUAAUCCUCUUAAGCAAGGUGUAAUUUUUGGUUUCUCGACUCUCCUUUCUAAUGCAGGUGAUAGAGAAAUCUGCUGAUCCUGAAGAACUGCUGCUUAAUUACCUGAGAACGGGGCGUAUCCUUUUAAAGCUCUUGCAUUGCAUAACUAUUCUGUUACCGAUUUGAAAAGUUUAUUGAGACGUAUCCUGGGGCUCCCAUGUUCAAUCAAGUAUGAGAGGUAUGCAGAACUAGGUAUAGGUAUAGAACUUGCACUAUAAAAUACUGGUUGCGUUGCCAUUUUUGUUGCCAACCUUCGACUCUGCAAACUGACUUACUUAGGGACUCUUCUAAAUCCAGAUGGUUCCACCUCUUACAUAGCAAAAUCAGAUCUAUUGGUAUUGACUUGGAACCCUUGUAUAAUUCAAGUGAGCAAUAUAUUUAUCGCAAUAUUCAAACCAGAUUAAGGGACAUUGAAAAACAAAACAUCGAGUCAGCUGUAAAUAUAAUUUACUCCCCCAAGUUCUGUGGUUUAAAUACAACAGAUAACAGGGUCACCUAUAUCUCAAAAUUAAUAAUUCCAGUCCAACACAGGGCCUUUCUGUUAGCCCGAGUGAACAUUUUCCCCUCAGCUUUUGUCAAGGGCAGAUAUUUAAACAUCCCCAGAAAUGAUAGCCAUUGCGGCUGUUCUUUGAAUAUGCUGGACACUGUAGAACAUAUCCUUUUCUACUCUCCAUUGUACAACCAGCUAUGCAAACAUGUGCCAAAAUUACAUUUUCUGUGAAAAAAUCUUAUACUUUGGCAACAGGUUUCUUAAGUUUUUUUUUACAAGUCCUAGUCUAGAAGCAUCCUAUUCCACAAUUCAAUUUUACAUGCAUUGGAAAGAUAGAUAUUUUAGAACUAGAAACUUACCAAAACUUAGUGUUCUGGGGCCCAGAUUCAGCCCAAUCGCCUUCUAAAUCUGGCCUGCGGACGGUCCGGGAAUCAGCAUGUUUUUACAUAAGUAGAAUGUGUGCUUUUAUUUAAAUACAUCUCUGGGUUAUUUGUAGGGCCUGCCUGGUGUUUUUACAUGAGUAGAAUGUGUGCUUUUAUUUAAAAUGCAUCUCUGGGCUAUUUGUGGGGCAUAGGAAUUCAUUCAUUUCCCCCCCAAAAAAUAUAGUCCAGCCCCCCACAAGGUCUGAGGGACAGUGGACUGGCCCCCUGCUGAAAAAUUUUGCUGACCCUUGCUCUAGAGUCUACAUAAUUGAAAACUUUGCAAAUAAUAUUUUACCAGGACUUGGAAACACUCUGGGGCAUAAGAUAUUGCAAAGCAAAAGUCAAUUUGUAAAGUGAGAUUAAUCUCUGCAGUCAUACAUUUUAAUGGAGCAAGCCUGUUUUUCUUGUUAGGACAGCGGUUCACAGAAAAUCAGCAUGAAGUUGAAGUAAGAAUAAGCAGAAGUGUUAAGACUUCCCGUAAUUAUCCCAUGAAUGGAAAUAGUUCCAGGCAGGAGCAGCUUCCUUUUGCUCCCCCUCAGGUGAAAUGGGAAGCUACUGUGUAGCCUCACUUACAAGGCUUUGUGUGAUAGUGGUGGCUUCCAGAGAGCACUCGCAAGAUUUCACCAGAUCUUGCAGACUCUUGCAGAGAUCUCACAAGAUCUCACCGGAAGCUACAGCCGCAACCACAUGACCCCAGCAGGGACAGGCAGGGCACCUGCAGGGGUUCCAGUACAUGGGAUUCUGCCACCCAAAGCAGCUGCUUCAGUUUGCCUCAUGGGAGGGCCGGCCCCAGUUCCAAGGGAUGGGCUACUUGGGCAAAAGAUCUGCAGUUUUCCUUCUGAUAUUCUGGUUGUGCCCUGCUAUGGAUACUUUCUCUAGCUAAGGUAAAUUGGCAUCCACAAGGAGCAGCAGCAUCCCUUUGGUGUUGCAUUCUCUACUGCUCUACGGCAUUAUUCCUCUUGGCUUUUCAAAAGCAAGGACUUCGGGUUUGCACAUAACAUUAAACCAUGGUUUAUUAAACUAUGGUUUGUUGUUGACUUACAAACCUAGGUUUGUUUUGAUUAUGGUUUGACAUUAUGUGCGAACCAAGCACCCUUUCUCAAACGUGAUUUGUUGAUUACCUCAGUCCAGCCAAUCACUAAACUACAAAGGCACAUGACAUGCCACAUGAAACAAAACAAACCAUACAUGAAUAUGAAUUUCAGUAGAAACUACAACAGAGCAAUAGUUACAGCACAAUUCUAUGCAUAUUUACUCCUAAGUAAGUCCCACUCUCGGGUCAGUGCAUAUUAUUUCAGUCUUAGACUCCAUUUGCGCAAUACAUUUGAAGUAGGAUCAUGCAACUUUAACCAGUCAUGACUUCCCCCAAAGAAUCAUGGGGACUGUAGUUUAAGAGUGUUGAGACCCCUAUUUCUCUAAAAAAAACACUACAGUUCCCAGAGAGAAACCUAUUUAAGGGACCUCUAUUUCCCUCAAAAAAAAAUACAGUUCUCGGGAAGAGGGAUUGUUAACCCACUCUGGGAACUGUAGUUCUCUGAGGGAAAUAGGAGUCUCCUAACAACUCUCAGCACCCUUCACAAACUACAGUUCCCAGGAUCCUUUGGGGGAAGCCAUGACAGUUUAAAGUGGUACAAUACUGCUUUAACUGUAUAGUGCAGAUGGGGCCUUUGGCUACAUAAAAAGUUAAAUUAAAAAUAUUCAUUAAAGUAUAGGGGGUUUUUUAAAAUAAAAAAUAUCUUCUCAAACUUAACUAUCAUCUUGAUAAAGUGCCUUCUCUUCAUUUAUUUUCUUUCUCCUCCACCCCAUAAAGGAUAUAAAAAGUAAUGUGAAAGACGUCAUGCGGCGGGGGGGGGGGGUAGGAUCCAGAUAUUAAAGAAGGAGUCAGCACUUAUUUUCCUUAACCCUCCACUGUAACUACAAGUCUGCCUCACAGGAACGAAGUAUGGCUGUGGAAUUGGAGGCUGUGGGGCUUGCACAGUGAUGAUAUCGACAUACAACCCAGACACCAAGAAGAUACGGUAUCCUUAAGGAAGGGAAAGAUGCUUCAUGCAGAUAACUGCACCAAAACUUGAUGUCAUUUAAAAAAAAUAAAAUUCACUUGCCAUAUAUAGCUUUCCCACAAAUAAUCCCAGGAAUGGUUGUUUGAUCUGACGGCUGAAAAGAGCAUCUGUCAGAAAUGUGCAAAAAAGACCUGCUGAAUACCUAGAGGCUGUCUGCCUCCAUUUUAACUUGCUUCAGACUCCAUUUUGCCUCCAUUUUAACUUGCUUCAGACUCAACAGUGGUACUGACAGGGGACAGGGAAGGGAGCAGGGAGUGAUGAGGGGCAAACUGAGGGGAAGAGGAGCCUUGGCGGCCAUGAAGGGUUAAGGGCCCUGCAGGGUGGAAUUUUUCUCCUCAGAGCAUCAAGGCCCUGCUCAACUAGGCUGCUGCCAUGGACAGAAUUUAACUUUGCUCCCCCAUGCGAGUUUUUGAGGGGUGAUUGCGGUCCCUCCUCAGCGCUUUACCUGUGUACGUGCCCUACCUUUAAAACCCAUUAAAGCACCUUGUUUCCCUCAAAGAAUUCUGGGCCCUGUAGUUUGUUAAGGACGGCCGUGAAUUGCAACUCUGUGAGAGGUAAACUACAGGGCCCAUAAUCCUUUGAGGCAAACGAUGUGUUUUGAAUGCGCUUCAAAGUUAAAGGGUGCGCAUGGCUUCAGGGGUCCUCAGUUUGGGUGUUGGUCCCUCAGAUGUUGUUGGACUAGAACAGGGGUUGGCAAGCUUUAUUAGCCAUGGGGCGGAUCACACCGGAUUGUCGGUGGGCCGGACUGGAGCAGCGCGAUGCCGGAAAUUGCGUCUGCGCAUGUCCACGGCGUCAGAAAUCGCUUCUGCGCAUGCCCAGAUGCUGGAAAUCACGCCUGCGCAUGAGCGAUUUUCGGCGUCUGGACAUGUGCAGAUGUGAUUUCUGGUAUCUACAAGUGUGCAGGCACCAUUUCUGGUGCCACUCAGCGAGUCCCCGCACCAUGCUGCUUUAGUGCAGCGUGUGGGGGAUUUGCCGAGCGGGCGGCUUGGUUUGCAGGCAGCUCGUGGGCUGGUAAAAUUGUCCUCGUGGGCCACAUCUGGCUCCUGGGCCGCACGCAUAGCUGUCAACAUUUCCCGUUUUUAAAGGGAAAUUCCCUUAUUCCGAAUAGGAUUUUCCUUUAAAAAAGGGGAAAGUUGACAGCUAUGGUCUCACGUUGCCAACCCCUGGACUAGAACUUCCAUCAUCCAUGCUGACUGAGGAUGAUGGCAUUGUAGUCUACUAACACCCAGGGGCAAGGGACGUGGGUUAAACCACAGAGCCUAGGACUUGCUGAUCAGAAGGUCGGCGGUUCGAAUCCCCGCAACAGGGGAUUCUGUUGCUCGGUCCCUGCUCCUGCCAACCUAGCAGUUCAAAAGCACGUCAAAGUGCAAAUAGAUAAAUAGGUACCUCUCCGGCAGGAAGGUAAACGGCGUUUCUAUGCGCUGCUCUGGUUCGCCACAAGUGGCUUAGUCAUGCUGGCCACAUGACCCGGAAGCUGUACGCCGGCUCCCUCGGCCAAUAAAGUGAGAUGAGCGCCGCAACCCCAGAAUCGGCCACGACUGGACUUAAUGGUCAGGGGUCCCUUUACCUCUUUAACACCCAGGGGCACCCAAGGUUGAAGAAGACCAGCUCUACCUCACUGUCACACCUUUCAAUUGAUAUACAUAGGUUAAUGGAGAAUGCAGUCUGAGAAAGAAUGGGUAGUUCUGGGGUGGGGAGCAACCUUUUCAAGUUCUGGAGUCCAGUGCUGCAUAUUGGAUUGUGCUAGCCCCGAGACCAUCCGUGGCUAAAAAUGGCCCUAGUGGGUUGGAAAAAGGUGGUUUAGUCCUCAAAAUUCUCCUUUACAUUUCAAAGACAUUAUCCAGCCAACUCGUGCCUACUUCCAUUAUGCCUGUUGUAUGGCGCUGCAGUAACUACCGUGGAAGGAGUUGGAACUACGAAAACCAAGCUCCAUCCCAUUCAGGUGAGAGUAAAAUAAGAGAUGUUGUCCAAGUUCACUUUGCCCGAGUUUCAGAAGAUGUAAAAAGCCUGGUGGCCUGUAAUGCUUGUCCAAGGCAAGCGUUGCAGCCCCAUUGUUCUUCUUGGGCCAGUUUGAGUUUGGACAACCUGGAGGAGAGCUUCUAAAUAAUAAUUAUUAUUAUUUAUAUGCCGCCCAUAUGACUGGGUUUCGCCAGCCACUCUAGACGGGUUCCAACAAAUUAAAACAUCCCUACUGUCUCAUCUCUCACCCAUCCUCACUUUUAAUGUUUAAUAGGUUAUUGUAUUUUAGUGUUGGAAGCCGCCCAGAGUGGCUGGGGAAACCCAGCCAGAUGGGCGGGGUAUAAAUAAUAAAUUAUUAUUAUUAUUAUUAUUAUUAUUAUUAUCCCUCUCCACUCCCCUUAUCCGGCUGUUGGCGUUACAGCCUUCCUUCCCUCCUACCCUCCUUCCAUUGGCAUGUGUGCCAGCGACCCUGGGGAAAUUGCAUUUCUCUGCCAAAAAAGGGAAGGAAGAAGAAAUCUGCUGCUGCUGUAAUAUCUGCCACAGCAGCCAAAAUAGAAAAUAGGAGAUGCAACUUGGGAAAUGAUUGGGACCCUGUUAUGGUAUCAAUGACUUCACCAAGAGUAUGGCAGGAUCUGAAACAGAUUGCAACCAAGCUUCUUUCUUCUUCUUCUUCUUCUUCUUAGUAGUAGUAGUAGUAGUAGUAGUAACAGUAGUUGUCAUGGUGUCAGUAGCGGAGCCAAAUUAUGAAUCAAGUUUUUGAGAAUGGACCACCCAUUUCUAGAACUUUUUUUCUUUCUUUUUGGCCUGUGACUGUCUGGGACUUUGCCAGCUUGGUCACUGGCCCUUCUCCAAAAAUGUCGCCAGCUAGGAACGCAGAUGGCGCUGUGGGUUAAACCACAGAGCCUAGGACUUGCCAAUCAGAAGGUCGGCAGUUCGAAUCCCUGCGAUGGGGUGAGCUCCCGUUGCUUGGUCCCUGCUCCUGCCAACCUAGCAGUUCGAAAGCACGUCAAAGUGCAAGUAGAUAAAUAGGUACCGCUCUGGCGGGAAGGUAAACGGCGUUUCCGUGUGCUGCUCCGGUUCGCCAGAAGUGGCUUAGUCAUGCUGGCCACAUGACCCGGAAGCUGUACGCCGGCUCCCUCGGCCAAUAAAGCGAGAUGAGUGCCGCAACCCCAGAGUCGGCCACGACUGGACCUAAUGGUCAGGGGUCCCUUUACCUUUACCUUAGCUACAGGUAGCAUGGAUACAGAAGGAUGGGAAAAGCUUUUGCUUAAUCCUUGUAUAGCAGGCUGCUGUCAACUGGUGCCACCCCCUUUAAAUGAGACUUAAUGCUUCUGAUUCAGCAAAUUUUAAUGGGGUGGGGGGCAGAGUUUGUUGGCAGGAGCCAGGACAGAGUGCCCCAUGGCAAAGAACAAAAGCUACAAUUGACACUUCAAAACUUCUCCUGCAGCUUCUGCCCUUUGCUACAGCCAUGAAUUUGGGCACAGGAUGCAUUUUUUAGUAACUUUACUGAGUAAUAGUAAUAAUAAGAGGGCAAAGGAAAUCAGGAAAAGGUAGGAUGAUGCUCUAGAAGUCAAUGUUUCUUUGUAUGGACUAUCCAUUUAGAUAUGUAUUAUCAUUCCAGGAAAGGCUUGCAAAGUGCCACGGCUCCCAGUGCGGCUUCUGCACUCCUGGGAUGGUGAUGUCUAUGUAUUCUCUCUUAAGAAAUAACCCCGAACCUACCAUGGAUCAGAUAACUGCGUGUCUGGAUGGUAGGCUGGCUUUCUCAAAAUAUCCCCCCCCCCAAACUGAUAUAUAAAAAUAGUUGUUGUUUUUAUUUGAAUGUCUUGUAAAAUUGCUUAGUUAAGAGCAGGGGUGGGGGAGAAAGUCAAAUCAGUUCACAUUUAAAGGAGAACUUACCUAAUUCGCACUUUCUGAAACAAUGCACAAACCAAAACACAGCCAUCUUUUGAAAUUCAUGCUUCUCUGAAUUUUGGAAUGCAGUUCUCCAGUCAAGUGGCGUGUACAAAAAUGCAUGUACUGGAGUAAAGUGUGCAUAGAAAUGCAAAUAUAAGUGAAAAUAACAUUUAAAAAUGCAUUAUAUUCAAGAAAAUUUCUUUGCAAAAACGUGUAUAUUAGGAGAAAUUCAUGCUUAAGCGCUGAUGAAUUUUCACAAGGACUUUUAAAAAUAUUGAUCACAAACUGAUGCCUAAAUGCAGAACACGGAAAAAUGAGAAAAUGAGUGGGACUGAAAUUGACAGGUUCACCCAUCCCUAGUUAGUAGCAGAACACUUACCCUAUACUUUUGUGUUGCUCUCGUGUUUGGUGUCAUCUGGUUCCUAUGUGCUCUGAAGGACCAUUUCUUAAAUGCACAUGCAUUUUGCUUAUGGCUCAGUAGGGUCCAGGCUAGCUAGCAGACAACAGGCCAGAUUCAGCCCACCACCCUACAAGAGCAAAUUUACUGGCUCCAAGUAUUUCUUCUUGUUCUUUAUUUUAAGUUCUAACAGUCCAAAAAAGCAUGCCACCAAAUAAUUAAAACAUAUAACAACAUUACAUUUCGAUCAACAUAUCCUCAGGUACAUGGAUAAGGAAGAGAAGCAGUGUAUAUGCAAGAGAGAGAGAGAUUGCCCCCUUUAAGGCUACAUUAUUAUUUUUAGUUUUGUAUUCAAAUCCUGGCCAAAUCUUUACCAAAGUUAGUUGCCCAUGAUCUCUGUUACACAAGUUGAAUUGAAGUGCUAGGUUCAGAUGAUUUGCAAAACUGUAGCUUUGAUCCGUUUAUCUCUGUGUCUGAUCGUUCCUUCCAGGCAAUUUGUGCCGUUGCACGGGAUACAGACCUAUAGUUGACAGCUUCAGUGCUUUCUCUCCGGUAAGGGAAACAAAUAGAAAAAUAAAUAACACUGUGUUAAAAUUGCUAUUUGUUGGUAUACACAAAGGCACGGGGCACUUUUGACCCUUCGCCAAAGUGACGUGAUAGAUAUAAAAUUUUGCUUGGUCUAAGUGGUCAGGGCUCUCUCUCUGUCUCCCAGAGUCAUUCCCAAAAGCUGAAUGGUGGAAGAUUAAGGGAAAGUGUGUAUUAUUCCCUCUUCACUACCACAAUAUGCAUGCCAACUUGGAUGGCCUUAAGAAGGAAUUAGGUAAAGUCACAGAGGAUAAGGUUAACAAUAGCUGCUAGUCAUGAUGGCUGUCUAUCACCUCCAAUACUAUGCCUCUGGAUGGUAUUUAGUGAAUAUCACGGGUGGCGCUGUGGUCUAAACCACAGAGCCCUAGGGCUUGCUGAUCAGAAGGUCAGUGGUUCAAAUCCCCACAACAGGGUGAGUUUCCAUUGCUUGGUCCCUGCUCCUGCCAACCUAGCAGUUCGAAAGCACGUCAAGUGCAAGUAGAUAAAUAGGUACCACUCCAGCGGGAAGGUAAACGGCGUUUCUGUGCAUUGCUCUGGUUCGCCAGAAGUGGCUUAGUCAUGCUGGCCACAUGACCCGGAAGCUGUCUGCGGACAAACGCCGGCUCCCUUGACCAGUAAAGCGAGAUGAGAGCCGCAACCCCAGAGUCAUCCGCGACUGGACUUAAGGGGCCUCUUUACCUUUACUUGUUGAGGAACAUGAGUUGGAGGGUGCUUCCAGGGAGGGAUAUAUCUUGUAGAGCCGGUGCUCCUCACACACACUUUUCAGAGUCUACCUAAUGUCCUUGUCAGGCUCUCCUCAUCUCCUCAUCCCUGGUUAAUCUGGAUUUACCCUUUCUGGGAGAAAUCUGGCAAUGACCUGUUGAGGGGGUGGCACAUUCCAGGAUAUGGUCUAAGGCAGGCAUAGGCAAACUCCAGCCCUCCAGAUGUUUGGGACUACAAUUCCCAUCAUCCCUGACCACUGGUCCUGUUAGCUAGGGAUGAUGGGAGUUGUAGUCCCAAACAUCUGGAGGGCCGGAGUUUGCCUAUGCCUGAUCUAAAGGCACAUGAAGCUACCAUUUUACUGUAACUAAGCAGUUCUGAAUCUGUUCAGUGCUCGGUUGAGAGACUUCUUCAGAGCCAUGUGGAUGCCACUCAGGUUCCAUGAUGGAAGAAAGGUAGGGUAUUAAUGUAAGAAUAUAAAUACAACAAACAUCUAAACACGUAUUUUACAAGUGCAAACCUAUGCAUGUUUUCUCAAAAGUUCUCUUAGUAUUUUCUAAGCCGCUUGAUAGCCUUUGGGGCUAAAGGGCUGGGUGUAAAUGCCACAAAUAAAAAUAUAAAGGAUCUGGCUGUGUUCCACAGGACUUGCUUCACCUUGCAGCCUUAAAAACCCAUAUGCAUUGCUUGGAAUGGGAUAACCCUCUGUAACACUAUUGAAUGAAUUCUUUCUUUAGGAAUCCUGCCCGCUGGCAGGGAGUGGGAAAUGUUGCAUGGAUAAAGAUGGGAAAGAGAAAGAAGGGAAAGAGAAAGAAGGGAAAGAGGAACACUCGUGUUCCAGAGAAGGAAACAGGGUAAGCGACCACUUUCUAAUUCCCACAUUUAUCACACAAUGAUUGAACGUGUGUAAUCUUUACACAAGUGCCAGUGAGUUUAUCUUGGUGUUUAAAACUUCCACUUGAGGAAAGCCUUCACACCCUAGUGGAACAGCCUUCCCUGACUUCAAAUGGGGAAUAGGAGAAACGAAGAAUGGAAACAACACAACACAACACAACAAACUAAAAUGCUAUAAUUCAACCAUGACAAUUCAUUGUUUGCAGUUACGUUUCAAAGGUAUUCACUCAGUUAAGAAUGGAUACCAAUUAUUGGGGGUGGGCUAAGCUGCAGGGGGCCCUAACUCUGUGUACACUACGCUUAUCUAUAAAUCUUCCAUUACAGUUCCCCAGCCCUGCUUUACAGAGUCACAUGAAGUCCGAGGAACCAGCAACUAUAGAGAGAGAUUUUACAAAUAUCCCAGAAUGUGACUGAGCUCAGAAAUACGUAGAUGCCGAUCCAUCCUUCAAAGCACCAUCUUGCCAGAUGGGAGCAAGCUUCGGAGCAGUCCCAGCCCUAUUCUGAAAGGGAACAUAGUUUCUCAGAAAAAUAGCAGUGUUUUGACAGAAAGUUGGCACCCGUCCGUCUCGAGCGACAAUGGAGUGAGCCUCCAGGGGUGAAGUUAGUAGCACUGAAGUGAUCUCCCCGGGGUGCAAGCCUGGGCGAUGAGAAUGCCGGGAAGUAAUUAGUAGUAAAUCUUUCUCCAACCCAGGAGUUUAUUCAGGUCAACCCAGGAUCACAGAGUUUCUACCCAGAGGAGAAACUGUAGUUCCACAUUAAACAGUACAAAAUACCAGUUCAUUGGAACUGCCAGAAUUCCUCUGACAUUUAGUGAGAACUGGAUCCAUCUUUCAGAAGCAGUGCAAGCUUACUGCGAUUUUGCAACAGAUUUUGCAAAGUUGUGGCGGGGAGGGUUGAUGGUAUUGUGUUUAAAUGUUCCAUGGCUGUGGGGCACCACACAACCUCCCCUCCUCUGCCUACCUUUCCAGGUGACAAUUAGGCUUGAAAAAAGUCCUGCAGUGGCGCCUGCCAACGGUUUCUAAGCUUAAUAGUCACACAGGGUAGUACUAGGGGUUGGAGUCACAGUAUGGGAGAGGAGGCUUAACCCUCCCUGUCUGCACUGAUCGAUACACCCCAAAAUCCUAUACACGCAGGGAGUGCAAUUUUGCUUGCUAAAUCAUGCUUCAGAGGUCUAAUGAGAGUCUCUGGAGCAUUUGGUAAUCCUAGAAGGGAGAAGCCAGAUCUGUAAAACUUGGAACAUAAAAAUACAGGCGUCGCUUUCAGAGGGUGAGGUGGCUUAGCUACCUUCUCAUGCUCCCAAGUUAAAUCUUAUUAGACUAGCUCUGACCUGCAGUGGGUAUGUACACAGGACGUGUAACAUGAUAGGUGAAUGGAAACAUUUUCGGUUGUCAGCGUUUCCCUCUACUCUUCUAAUACUGUUUUGCAAUAAGGCAAGUUUUGGCAAAGAGGAUUUAUGCCAUCUUCAUAAUCCUUUCAUCAGCUUCGUGAUGAGUGUGAAGGUCAAGAAUGGUUUAAAUGGAGCUUGUGUUUCUUACACAACAGUGAAAUAUAAUCACCACACCCUUGAGCAACAUUGCAGAGGAAGCUCUAAACCUGCUUAACUAUCUGGGUGUUUGCUAAGCAAAAUCUUCAAUUGGCAGUGGACUACUCUGUAAAGAGCUUUGGUUAUUUGUGUUUUAAAAUAGGGAUUAAUGCGAUUUGAGGAGAAAUGCUUUUCUAAUGCGUUUACAAAAAGAAGAAGAAGAAGAGUAGAGCAUGUUAUGUUCCAAAUAAUUAAAUGAUGGUGACAUUGCCCAAACAAAGGUCAUCCACAAUGUGAUUUUAUAUCCUAUCAAUCCCAAUUUGAGGCCCGCUGAACAUAUGCCUUGUUAAGUUGUGGGCGAACAUAUCAGAUGACACAGCGAUUCUUCAAACAGCUCUUGUUUAUUCAGAGGCCAGAACAGAACAGAACUGAAGAGCUCAGUCAGCCUGCUUAUAUAGAGCUCCAGAACAUCGUAACUGUAGCAACUUUUUAAAACUAUCCAAUCACUGAACGUCACUUUCGAUCCUUCAUUUGCAUAACUAUCUACAGUAUCCCCCCUGUUGGCCCAGGGUGAGAACUUCAGUAUGCCUGAACUGCAUUGUCUAUGAAGGCCUGCUUCACAAAUGCAGGACAACCAAAUUGCUCACUUUUCUGAAUCAUGCAAAUCCUUGUAAUGUUUACAAAGCUUCCCCUCAAAACCAUCACCGAAGCACAGAUCACCUCUUAUGGCCACAGAUGUGUUUGGUGAUUUGUUGGUGCUUUUGUUGUUCAUGAGGAUCUGUGCCUUGGAUCAAUGGUUUUGACUUGCUCGUAAGCACAAGAUCUAUGGGUUUGUUUGUCUUUACUAUGCUGCCUACCAUUGUAAGCUUUAAUUUGAUGUUGCAAAUUCAGGAAGAUCCAUUUUAAUUCUCCUGGGCCUAACUUUUGCCAAUACUAUUUUGAAGAGCAAAUAUGUGUGUGACUGAGUUUUGUCUCCUUAUGUCUGUAUUUGGGUCCAGGGGGAGUGGGGAGAGAAUCAACCAGAUGGGGUUGUCGCCUACAGCACUCCCUUAAAAAAACUUUAAAAAUGGGCUCAUGGGCCCCACAUUUUUGGCCACUGCUAGAGGUAUAUUAUACCCUUCUUUUCCACUUCCUGUGCGUGCUAAUAUUAAGCCUUCAUUUCUUUUCCAUAGAUGUGCUCAGGUCUAUGCAAGCCUGAAAGAUUUCAUCCCAUUGACCCAACCCAGGAUUAUAUAUUUCCUCCUGAACUAAUGGUAGGAGAAAUUUGUUCAUGCCUGUUGUGAAGGAGUCUAUAAUAGACUAUAUAAGUGUGUGUGUGAGAGUGUUUGCAUAUUGUUACAAAGUUUGCAUGCCACCCCUAAUAUUUGCUAAAUGGUAGCAAGAUUCCAGUGGGUUCUAAGCACUCGCUCGGGGUUGUGUUUCCCCAUACAACCCUAACACACUUACCCGACCCCCACCUGCUUACCAGAUCUCCCCUGAAAAUGCAUCCCUCCUUCACUGGGGUUGCCAGAAGGAUGAAUGUGUUAUUUUCCCCAAUUGCCUGCUCAUCAUGGACUUCAGUCCUCUUUAGGUAAAGGUAAAGUGACCCCUGACCAUUAGGUCCAGUCGUGACCGACUCUGGGGUUGCGGCGCUCAUCUCGCUCUAUAGGCCUAGGGAGCCGGUGUUUGUCUGCAGACAGCUUCUGGGUCAUGUGGCCAGCAUGACUAAGCCGUUUCUGACGAACCAGAGCAGCGCACGGAAACACCGUUUACCUUCCCGCCAGAGUGGUACCUAUUUAUCUACUUGCACUUUGAUGUGCUUUCGAACUGCUAGGUUGGCAGGAGUCAGUCCUCUUUACUAGAGUAUAAAAAGACAGCAACUUCACAUCUCUGUGAAAUUUUUCUAUCGCUGCCACUUCAUCCCCCUUAUCAACACUGUUGAAAACUCUCUGAAAAUAUUUUCUGUUUUUUUCCUACACACUUCUUUUUAAAGCCAGAAAUUCUUGCAGUUUUUAAAUUACCAUAAACGUAAUCUCCUCUAUGUUGUGGAUGCACAAAACAACACCAGCACCAUAAAGCUAUCCUGGGAAGAGUGCUUAACACUUAACUGUAAGGUGUGGUUCAGGAUUAAAGAGGGCUUGGUUCUCCUUGAAACAUCUAUGUUUGCGUUUUGUUCAUCCUUGUGCAAUACUCUAUCCAUGUUGCUUUUUCUCACAGAGAUUGGCUGAAGAGAGCAAAGGAAAAACUCUGGUUUUCAAUGGAGAGAGAACCACCUGGAUUUCUCCCGUGUCUCUGCAAGAGCUUGUCAACCUGAAAGCCAACUACCCAGAUGCACCUCUUGUUGUAGGAAAUACAAGUGUAGGUAUGUAAAUGCAGCCCUGCUAAUCACCCAAUCAGCCCAGAGGUCACACAAAUCAUAGAAUUGUGAUCGCCAAAGAGCCUAGGACUUGCCAGUCAGAAGGUCGGCGGUUCGAAUCCCCGUGACGGGGUGAGCUCCCAUUGCUUGGUCCCUGCUCCUGCCAACCUACCAGUUCGAAAGCACAUCAAAGUGCAAGUAGAUAAAUAGGUACCGCUCUGGCAGGAAGGUAAACGGCGUUUCUGUGCGCUGCUCUGGUUCGCCAGAAGUGGCUUAGUCAUGCUGGCCACAUGACCCGGAAGCUGUAUGCUGGCUCCCUUGGCCAAUAAAGCGAGACGAGCGCCGCAACCCCAGAGUCGGUCACAACUGGUCAGCGCUCCCUUUACCUUUACCUUUAUGCCACUUUACCAGUCAUGGUUUCCUCCAAAUAUUCUUUGGAACUGUAGAGCUGCAAUUACCAGAACCAUUAACAAACUACAGUUCCCAGCAUUCUUUGGGAGAAGACAUGUGCCUUGAAAAUAUGGUGUGGACGUGAUCAAAGUGUUGCAUAGCAUGAGGCAACAUCUGCAAGGAAAGCUACUGAAAGUUUAAGAUAAAAUGAAGCUGCCAGCUUGACACCAAAACUUGACCUACAUCUAUAUACAUGCAUACGACUAUACCUAGAGCAGGGGUCACCAACAUGGUGCCCCCAGAUGUAUCACAUGACCAAUGACCAGGGAUAAUGGGAGCUGUAUGCCAGCAAGCACCUGGAGGGUAAUACAUUGGCUAUUCCUGGUCUAGGCAAUUGACUGUAUUAGUAAUAUCACUGGAAACAGAAGCUUGAUGCAGCAGUUGUCAAUGCACUGAGUUGUUCAUGGAUCAUGCAGAACACUUUAAGCUAAAUUUGGUGAUAUGAAGUGACUCUAAUAGUGAGGAGAUUGCUGUAUGCAGCAGAACGAUGUAGCAGAAUUUAGAAUUGGUAGAUUGGACUGUAAUACUGUAGACGGCAGGUAUGGAAUCUGAUUUUUGAAUGGCUGCUGUGUAAAAAACAAAAUCUCCCUGUACAUACAAAAUUAGCUCAUUGGGGAGAAACAUAUAAGCUGCUGUGCUAGGUUUAAACUUGCAAGAGGGGGGGUUGUUGUUUUUAAUGCACGAGGCUGUUAAAAAUGUGAUUCUAACCUAGUUUGAGGGACUGACUAGAUGUGACAGAUAUAGAGUGUGCAUUGAUUGGAGUCAAAUCCUAGAGGCUGAGGUCCCUUUGCCCCCCCAAUAAAAUAUUUGAGGGGGCUGGUGCCCCCAAAAGUUGUUUCUGCCACCUUGCUUGUGGUCCUGCUUUAUCUUUCUGAUAUCUCAUUGUGAUUUUGUCCCUUUUAGGACUUGAUAUGAAACUUCUUUCUGUCUAUCAUCCCGUUCUCCUUCAUCCUACUAGGAUCCCAGAUCUGCAUGUUACUGAAGUUGGAGACAACGGUACGUCUCUAAGCAGUCACUGGGGCCACCAUUGGGGAUCAGUGUUUCAGCUCUUUGGGUGGCGCUAAACUGCACUGAAUGUACUGUACUACAAUGAUAAACAGCGUAUGCAUUGCCAUUGUGAAUAUAGGCAAGCGAUAAUUCUUAACUCGUGGGCUUCACUGAAUCAGGUAUUGCCUUCAUACAUUGAAGCAUAGACCCAUUGUCCCAUAGCAAUCAUGGAACUAGUUGUGGCUAGCUUUAAAACAAUAUGGAUUUCAAUAGGACUCUGCCCUUAUUGACUUUGGCUAGACUGAGGCCAUUGUGUCUGGAUGGAUGGAUGCACACAUCUUAGAGAUACCAUUUUCUCACCUAUUAUUUGCAUACAUAUUUAGCAGGCAAUGUUUCACCUGUUAUUUUGACGUUAUCUAUCAGGAGAAAAUACAAACCCAAGAUUCACUAGGAUGAGGGAGUUAGGAUCCUGUUUAGUCAGCUGGUUCCUAGUGCAACCAGGCUAUGCUGGUGUGAGCCCCAGAUCCUGGAUCAGCUGGAGAUCCCCUGGAAUAAAUCUCUCACCAUGGAUCAGCUAGCUCAGGUGAGACUGGUAGAUCCUACACUGGCAGAAACUCUGAAAAAUACCGGUAGGUGUUAUUGGGUAGUUGUGGGAGGAUUAAUGGUGGAUCCUAACUCCACUGACCUCUGUCACAUGACCUGGCAACCCGGCAGAAGCUAUGCCAGCAAAAAGGGUGUUGCAAACAAAACUUUAUUUUGAAGGCUUGUUUCCACUCUGCCUGGCUUGGGCUAGCUCAGCCAGCAGUAGAACUGCUCCUGAACAGAGUUUGAAAUAGGGGUAAUUUACACUUGCCUAGCUUUAGCUGAUGUACAUUCCACUGGCUUAGUAAAACCCUCCAACUCUAUCUGGCUUCAACCCUAUACAUGCUCGCCUGGGGGCAAGCCCCACUUAACCCAUUUGGAUUUACUACUCAGUAGACACGCGGGUGGCGCUGUGGGUUAAACCACAGAGCCUAGGACUUGCCGAUCAGAAGGUCGGCGGUUCGAAUCCCCGCGACGGGGUGAGCUCCCAUUGCUCGGUCCCUGCUCCUGCCAACCUAGCAGUUCGAAAGCACGACGAAGUGCAAGUAGAUAAAUAGGUACCGCUCCAGUGGGAAGGUAAAUGGCGUUUCCGUGCACUGCUCUGGUUCGCCAGAAGCAGCUUAGUUAUGACCCGGAAGCUGUACGCUGGCUCCCUCGGCCAAUAAAGCGAGAUGAGCGCCGCAACCCCAGAGUCAGUCACGACUGGACCUGAUGGUCAGGGGUCCCUUUACCGUUACCUUUACCUUUAGACAUGCCAUGCAUUGGAUUGCAUAUACAGUGGUACCUCGGGUUACAGACGCUUCAGGUUACAGAUGCUUCAGGUUACAGACUCCGCUAACCCAGAAAUAGUACCUCAGGUUAAGAACUUUGCUUUAGGAUGAGAACAGAAAUCGCGAGGUGGCGUGGCGGCAGCAGGAGGCCCCAUUAGCUAAAGUGGUGCUUCAGGUUAAGAACGGACCUCCAGAACAAAUUAAGUUCUUAACCCGAGGUACCACUGUAUCAGUUAUUUGCUGCCCCUUAUCACAACAAACACCAACUCUGCCUGUGGACUGUGUGGCUGUUUAAAAAUGCCCAUUUGUGCUCUCCCCCGCCCCCCGGUUGUGAAAAUUGCUUGGUUCCAGGGAUCUUGAUCGGUGCAGCAAUCCAUCUUGCCCAACUGAGGGACUUCCUAUUAACCAUCACCCCAGAACUCCCAAUGGAAAAGUCAAAGAUUUAUGGUGUGCUGCUGAAGCAACUGAGGACCCUUGCUGGAGAACAAAUUAGGAAUUUGGCGGUAGGUUUCCCACCCUGCUUCCUUUGACCAGGUACAGAUUACUUCCUGCCAUGGCUUCACAGUUCUGCCCUCCAUUCUCUCAUAAAUAUUUGCACCCUAUCCAAUGCUCUGUCUGUACUGCUAAGCCAUGGGCUUCCUUCCCCGUUGCUCCAGAACUAUCAGGUGGAUCAGUAAGGGUGAACAUUUGGCAAUAAAGGAACAAUUAUGGGGUGGUGAAGGAUGGAUACACUUGUCUGUGUGAAGGACCCCACUCUGUCCCUACCAUUGCCUGGGUCAUUUUUGCUUUUACUCAGCCUUUGGAGGAUAGAUAACUGGCUGUGCGGUGCCCACAUCUAAACACACAAGAUGUUGUCUUAGUGAUUCACAAACCCACCUGCCAGUCCAAAUCAAAAAGUCCCAACAUUAAGGAAAUCCAAAGGGAAAAUAUGAAGAACAGAGGAUCUGACGAACAGAUUGUUAAAAACGCGUGAGGCAAACGGUGGAAGUCUUUUUUAAAAAACAAACACUUUAUUUAAGGUAGAUAAGGACAAGAGGAAAUUAUACAAUUGAAUAUAAACAUAGAUGGGAAAUGGCUAUGUAUAGUGAGUACUUAUCUACUUUCAAAAAUUUUCACCUAUGAUUUUUUUCUUUUACUUCUUUAUUUUUUCUUUGUUCUUUUGUUCUUUUUUUCUGAUAUCUUAUAUUUCAUUUCACUCCUUUAUUGUGAAUAGCAUUUUAUAGAGGUAUAAAUAAUUGUAAAUAUGAAAAGAGACAAAUACUUUUUCUCUAAUUUUUUUCCUUGGCUAUAUGUAUUUUCUUUUUCUUUUGUAUUUUGUUGUAAAUAUGUAUGUUUUCUAAUUUGUACUUAAUAAAAUUUAAAAAACAAACAAACAAAAAACAAAAAGUCCCAACUCUCUUACUGGCAACAAGUCAGUGGAAAGAUUUGCAAGUCUCUUAUUUUAAGGGACAAAGGGAAGCACUCAAGUGUCUCAUUAGUACCAAGGCACACAAAGCGGUCACCUCCCAUAAGAUUUAUAUAGCCCAUUGAUGUUGUCUCUAUAUCAUUUUCCUCUGUUGUUAAUCUCAGUUUUCCAAAGCUGGUUUUCAUUUUAAAAACUAAGGAAUACAAGACAUGCAUAGUUUGUCCCCCCACUCUCCUGUUUAAAUAAAUAAUGAUUUUUAAAACUUUGCUGGCUUAAAAUCCAGGGCUUGAAUCCAGCUGAGGCUGCAUACACAAUAUACCUGUAAAACACAUGCUAAGCACAUUUCCCUCUUCAAAGAAUUCUGGGCACUGUAGUUUGUUAAGGGACACUGGGAAUUGUAAGGGACGUGGGUGGUGCUCUGGGUGAAACCACAGAGCCUAGGACUUGCUGAUCAGAAGGUUGGCGGUUUGAAUCCCCGCGACGGGGUGAGCUCCCAUUGCUUGGUCCCUGCUCCUGCCCACCUAGCAGUUCGAAAGCACGUCAAAGUGCAAGUAGAUAAAUAGGUACCGCUCCGGCGGGAAGGUAAACGGCGUUUCCGUGCGCUGCUCUGGUUUGCCAGAAGCGGCUUAGUCAUGCUGGCCACAUGACCCGGAAGCUGUACGCCGGCUCCCUCGGCCAAUAAAGCGAGAUGAGCGCCGCAACCCCAGAGUCGGUCACGACUGGACCUAAUGGUCAGGGGUCCCUUUACCUUUACCUAACUGGGAAUUGUAACUCUGUGACCAGCAAACUACAGCACCCAGAAUCCUUUGAGAGGGGAAAUUGGAUUGUUGUCUUUUAACCAUUUGAGGGGUGUUUUUUUUUACAAUCAAGCAGUGUAUACAUUUUAAGAAAUAAUAAAUAAAGGAUAUAAUUAAUGAUAAUACAGGUAUACCCAUUUUAGUGGUAGUAACAGUGAUACCAUUGUCCAUUAGUCUUUAGGAGGACAUAUUGUGAGCAGAGGAUCGACCUGGGAUCUGAACCCCGUACUGGCAGCUGGGAAUGCACUUCUCAAUCUGGUAUCAAUAGGUAAAAGGCAAUGUCUCCCAUUGCAUACAUUUCUGCAUUGGGUAGUUUGAUCAAAAUGUACACAAUGAAAUAACAGUUAAAAAUACAAACGGUGAGCGAAUCAACUGACUAGGAACUUUUUAUGCUCUUAUAAACUGUUAAUAAGAAAGCUUUAGACACUUUGAUCAACAGUAACAUAGCAUCUAGUACAGUAAGUAUUUUCCAAUGAUUUAUUGGUAAACAUAGAUCCUAUAUUCUAGGGCAGGGGUCAGCAAACUUUUUCAGCAGGGGGCCAGUCCACUGUCUCUCAGAACUUGUGGGGGGCCAGACUAUAUAUUUUUUUUGGGGGGGUGAACAAAUUCCUAUACACCACAAAUAACCCAGAGAUGCAUUUUAAAGAAAAGCACACAUUCUACUCAUGUAAAAACACCAGGCAGGCCCCACAAAUAACCCAGAGAUGCUUUUUAAAUAAAAGCACACAUUCUACUCAUGUAAAAACACGCUGAUUCCCGGACCAUCCAUGGGCCGGAUUUAGAAGGCGAUUGGGCCGGAUCCGGCCCCCGGGCCUUAGUUUACCUACCCAUGUUCUAGGGACUGUGAACUACCUGUUUCUUGACUGAGCUGAGAAUUAUUAGGAGACCCCUACCAGAGCUAGCACCUUUAACAAACUACAGCUCCCAGGAUACUUUAGGGAAGCUGUGGCUGUUAAAGCGGUACAAGAAUGCUUUAAACGGAUGGUGUGGAUGUGAUUCAAUUUCAUAACAGUGGGGAGGGGGUGGGAAUAAAAUCAUGUCCUAAUAGCAGAAGUCAUUCUGCAGAAUCCUUACUUUCCUUCCCGCUGUUUUGCUCUUACGACUAUGAUGAGAGAGAGAGGAAACCUACUAACUGAUGUUCUGUUACAAUGGCAAAAUGCAGGGUGUUGUAUUAUUACAUGAAGUCUAUGAUAUAUAAUAUUGCCCAGGAAGAUUUGAUAGGAAUUUUGAGGUCUUAGAUAUAUGGUAAAUGUACUAACCAAGCACGUACAUAGAUCAGCACAGGAAGACUGACCUGAAGCCAUUUUGAUUCCUAAACUGAGCAAAUGUUUUCUCUGCAAGGUCAAAGUGGAAAAGCCUCCCCAUUGUCUUUUCCUUCACAAAUCCUGUCUUAAGGGUAUGUCUGUGUUUGAAUAGGGUGUGAGCCUGUGACCUGGCCCAGGAACUAAGUAUUUAUCAUUACGAAAGACUGGCCAGAAGACCCAUGCAAUCCAAUCAAAUAACCUGCCAGGCAUGAGAUAAACAAGGACAAGAGAAAAACAACAUUUAAAUUUCUGUUUAGACCGCCUUUUCUGUGAUGUAGGUAUGAUGUAUCUGAGGGGUGGUCUUAGGUUAAACCCCUUCUGUGAUGUAUGUAUGAUGUUUCUGGGGGUGGUCUUGAUCUACAGGGUGCCAAUUUCAAAAGUCUUUAUAAGGCCUUGCACACUAUUUUUCUGGGUCCCUCCUCUCUCCUGCGUGUGAGGGGAGCACCCUGUUGCAACAGAUCAAUAAAGCUCAAGCUUACUAGCUGCUUUGCUUCUCAAUAUUCUCUGGUUGGCCUCUGUUAUUCUCUCCUCCCAAUAGGGAACCUAUGUAAGGACUCUAUAUGGGCUCUUGGAUACCCCAUAAGGGAAAAGGACAAUUUUUGUUUACAACAAAGACAAUAUAUAAUAAUAAACAAGUGGAAGUCCAUUGUAUUUAUCAACGACAAAUGCCAACUGACAAUUGUGCAGGUUUGAUCUUGCAAAGUUCUGAGCAAUACUACCUUGGCUACAAAUUGGGAGCAUCUGAAAUGGCUCGAAUUAUUUAUAGCUGUCAGCACCCUUCAUACAAAUGUUUCUGUUGGGUAAAUCAGCCCUUGAAGAGGGCCAGUUCUGCCUCAGAGCUUGAAUAGAUGCAGGGGUAAUUUUCUCUUGCAUGGGACAGAUAAAAUCAGUAUCUGUUAAGAGCUCAUUCUCUAAAGACUAUUAUUUCCUCUAUCAGAUGGAUCACGACAGAUUCCCUUGAAUGAUGAAUUCCUUGCGCGCUUGCCACAGGCAGACCUUUCACCAAGAGAGGUCAUAGUCUCUGUUUUUAUCCCUUUCUCCAAGGAAGUAAGUUGUGUGUUUGUUUGUUUGUUUGUUUGUUUGUUUGUUUGUUUGUGUCUGUAUGUUUUCUUCCCCACCCCUCCAAACACAAGAUGCUUUCUGAACCAUGGAACACUUAUGUUGGGCAAGACAAGAUUUGUAUCAAAAACUCAACAUAAAUUAGUCCAUGCAGGCACAUAAAUGGCAGGUCAACACAUUGCUGGAGAGAGCGGCAACAUAUUUCCAAGUAUUCAUCUACCAGUAAAAAAUCACAUGUAAAUUACCUAGGGAUCGGUGAGGGUAGGAAGUUUAAUGAAAGACACAUUGCUCCUUGUUUCUCAUUUAUUUGUUUAUUAUAUUCAUCAUCUGGUUUUAGAAAAUUGACACCUCAAAUGGCCUGCACCCUAUAACAAUUAAAAUCCUACACAGAAUUCACAGACAGGACAAAAUAGCAGUCAUACUUCACUAAAUCAGUAUGCCAGUACAUAAAAAGCAUGCACUGAAAACAGUCAAUAAAGCUGCAUUUAAUAAAAUGGGUGGUCUUCUCCAAAUAUAUUCAGGGGUCUGGGAACAGAGAGACCAACAUUUUUUUAAAAAAUUGUAACUCUUGAGUCCCUUUCGCUCUCACUUGGAUUCAACCUUCCGACUCUACAAUUCUAUGAUUCCUUGAUUCUAUAUUAGCUCUGGAAAGUUCAGAUCAGUUUAUUUCUUACUAGAAUUUGCAUAUAACAAAUUCCUCAAGCAUGUCUCGAUGCGCACACUCAUUAACUUUUCUCCCACUGGGCACAUAGGUAUUGCAGGUUUCUGAAGAACUACAAAAAUAUGCUAAACCUGUGAGCAGUGUUGAUUGCAUAUGUGCCAUGGAUAGUAAUAUUUCCUUCACCAGUAAGCAGCCACAUUGCCGUCUCCAUCUCUCUAGAGCAGCUUUCCUCAACCUGAUGCCCUUGGGAUGUUGGACUACAACUCUCAUCCCUGACCAGGCUGGUGCUGAUGGGAACUUUAGACCAAAACAUCUGGAGACUGGGAAAGGCUGCUGUAGAUGAAUGAUAUCCAGAUUUCUUGGAUGGCUGAAUGGCCCAUGUGAUGCCAUAGUUAUCAACUCCCUUCUUUAAUCCACUCCUAUGCAGCAAGAAUAAGGGACGCGGGUGGCGCUGUGGGUUAAACCACAGAGCCUAGGACUUGCCAAUCAGAAGGUCGGUGGUUCGAAUCCCCGUGAUGGGGUGAGCUCCCAUUGCUCGGUCCCUGCUCCUGCCAACCUAGCAGUUCGAAAGCACGUCAAAGUGCAAGUAGAUAAAUAGGUACCGCUACGGUGGGAAGGUAAACGGCGUUUCCAUGCGCUGCUCUGGUUCGCCAGAAGCGGCUUCGUCAUGCUGGCCACAUGACCCGGAAGCUGUACACCGGCUCCCUCAGCCAAUAAAGCGAGAUGAGCGCCGCAACCCCAGAGUCGGUCACGACUGGACCUAAUGGUUAGGGGUCCCUUUACCUUUACCUUUAUAGUCUAUAUCAGGCACAUCCAACUCCCAAGAGACAGUGAUCUACUCCCACUAUUAGAAAAAAAUGGCAGUGAUCUACCCAUUGUCAUUGCCAAGAAUUGUUGAUCUUUUUCUGGGAAGGGAUGGUCAGAGUUGUUGAUCUUUUGGGGAGGGUGACCCAGAGUUGUUGAGCUUUUCAGGGGGAUCGAUCAGGAGCACGCCCAGUAUCCCGCAAUCUACCUGGAACAACCCUGCAAUCUACCGGUAGAUCACAAUCUACCUGUUGGACAUGCCUUUAAAGACAUGGAUAUUAACAACCAACCACAUGUGCAUUGGGACAUGGGUGGCACUGUGGGUUAAACCACAGAGCCUAGGGCUUGCCGAUCAGAAGGUUAGCGGUUUGAAUCCCCACGACGGGGUGUGAGCUCCCGUUGCUCGGUCCCUGCUCCUGCCAACCUAGCAGUUCGAAAGCACGUCAAAGUGCAAGUAGAUAAAUAGGUACCACUCCGGAGGGAAGGUAAACGGCGUUUCCGUGCGCUGCUCUGGUUCGCCAGAAGCGACUUAGUCAUGCUGGCCACGUGACCCGGAAGCUGUACACCCUACAGCUACUAGCAUGAUGAGGGCAGUAAAAUAACCCAAUUUCUCCUUCUUGCAUCUGCCAGGAUGAAUUUGUGUCAGCAUUCCGGCAGGCUGAGCGCCGAAAAAAUGCAUUGUCUGUGACAAAUUCUUCAAUGAGAGUCCUUUUCCAGCCAGGCACUGGUGUCAUCGAGGACAUGGCUAUUUUAUAUGGUGGCAUUGGUCCUACCACAGUGAGCGCAAGAAAUACCUGUCAGAAGCUCAUUGGAAGGUACAUUGACUGUACCAUUUGACAUUAUAUAGGAAUAGCUGUUUCUUGCUUUUGGAGGAGCUUGGGGCAGAAUCUAGAAGCUAGGAAAAUUAAACUCUCUCUGUACUUAAACCUUGUCUGCAAGUAGUAAUGAAAACCUUUUUUUUUUAAAGGUGGGCAAAUGUCUUCAUUUCAAAAUUGGUUUAUAUCAUGUCAGAAUGCUGCUCUUAAAAACUAACAAACCAAAGCACCUCUCCAACAUUUCACCAAACCACACUGGAGUGGAAGUGGAGAAGAAUUGCAAUUUCUGUGAAUACGAAUUUGGGAUAAAAUUUAAGAGAACAAUUAUACAUAUCAGUUUUCUGAGAAUUUUUUUCAUUCUCUGGUCCCAGGGAAUUGUAGGACUAGAUGUCAUGUAAUUCAGUUCCCUGAACUGCAGCAAGAUCAUUCAAUCAUUUUUUCAUUUAUUACCCAACCUUCUCCCUAAGGUUCCAGGGCAGGUUACAACAUUAAAACACCAUGUUAAAUAAAACAAAACCUUCCACACUCUUAUGUAUUUGGGUUAAGAUUUAGGGAAGUUUUUAAUAUUUAAUGCUGUAUUGUUUUUAACACUCAAUUGGGAGCUGCCUGGAGUGGCUGGGGAAACUCAGCCAGAUGGGCGGGGUAUAAAUAACAAAUUAUUAUUAUUAUUAUUAUUAUUAUUAUUAUUAUUAAUAUGACACAAAUCUUAACUGCAUCAUUCCUUAUUAGUCAGGUCAUGACCUAUGUACAUCUUCAUAUUCUGCUUGUGAGUUUCUCAAGGCAUCUUAUCUGACUGGUCACUGUUAGAAAUUGAUUGUUCUGAUCAACGACUUUAAGUGUUUUAUCCAUAUGUUCCUAAUGCUCAUUGUGGAUUAUGUAGGCUGGGUCACCAGCACCAAUGUCCUGUUCUUCCAUAUUAAGAUUAGCUAUGACUGGUUCAUAUUAUGCAAUCUAUUUUCCUACCGUAGAAAGGACCUAUUUUGAAUAAUAUUAUUUGCCAGUUCCUAAGAAACCUGAAAUGAAAUCCCAUCUGUUGAGUUUCCUUGUGGCAAAGUGUACUUCAUUAUCAAAGUCACUUUAAUAAACGCAUUUGGAAACCUUUUUCUCCUCACCCCUUCAAAACUCUGCAUAUACAUACCUAUCGUUUGAUAAAAGAAACUUAUUUGGUUGUAUUAUUUCUCCCCCCAGCAACUGGGAUGAAGAGCUGCUGAAUGAAGCUUGCAGGCUAAUUCUUGAAGAAAUUAUCCUCUCUCCUUCAGCCCCGGGUGCAAAAGUGGAAUACAGGCGAACUCUGCUUGUCAGCUUCUUCUUCAGAUUUUAUCUGCAAGUGCUACAAGGUUUAAAGAACAUGGUAAAUAACCCCCCAAAGAACAAAGUAGGGCAAUAACUUUAAGAAGGUCACAAAAUGGUGCCCAAGCCUUCAGGGUUCUCCAGAGCUCUUCAUCAGGCUGUGUAUUAAGCAAAGGUGGGGAGAAAAAAAUAACCACCUUUCCUAUUUGAGUAGAAAGCCUUAUACCUUUCCACUCCAGUCUCCAGCAGCUGUUCACUCAAUUCCCAAAAGGUAUGUGGUAUGGGAAAUAGCUCUUCUGUAAAUCAAGCUGAUAUUAAAGGCACAAGAGCAAGUCUGGCCUUAUUUUGGGGGUAAGCAGUUAGUAAUUGAGCUAGGUACAUAUUCACACGUGCUUAUGGCACACAUGCCUCUGAAUACAAGUGGCUUGCAACACAUAUAAGAGGGUGUCAUUGUCUUGCCUGCUUUCCAUAGGCACCCAGUUGGCCACUAUGAGAACAGAAUUCUGGACCAGAUGGGCCUUUCGUCUGAUCCAACAAGGCUUCUCUUGUGUUCACUAUAGGCGGAUAAGAAAUAAACUAUCCCUCCUCUUAAAAACAAUGUUCCUCCUACUUUUCUGCCUCUACCAAAGAUCAUUGUUUCCAUUAACAAUUUUUACACACCGUUUUUUUCUGCACCUAUGUAGAAAAAUUGUCUUACGUACAGCAGGCUUUUCUUCCUAUGUAACAGAUGCCAUGCUGUUUUCAUUCAGCCAGUGCUUCAUGUUGGCUCGAAUACAACUUUUUACAAAAAUUAAAAAGUUUGUUAAGAUGUUAUAAGUGGAGAUUUUGCUACAUGACUGGAAACCCCCCCACAUGUGUAGAAAGGACACACCAGAAGUAGUUGUGCAAGUCAUAUCUUAAUUUGAGCACCCUGGUAGUACAUAUUUGGGCAAUGAAUUACCAUUAUAUGGUUGCUUGCCCCUGAAGAAUUUCUUGGAGAAAAUUGAUGUAAUAUAUAAUUAAUUUGUCUUCCCACAGAAUCCAUCUAAGUAUCCUGACUUGCCAAAGAAAUACGCCAGUGCUUUAGGCGAGUUCCGUGAGAAACCACCUCAGGGUAUGCAAAUAUACCAGGUCAGUGAGGUUGUUUUCAUUGCUUUUGAUCAUCUAACAUUAACAUUCCUGUCAAUGCUAUCAUGUUAACCCACCCUUCUCUGAGUAUAAUGGGUUGUAUUCAACUGAGAUCUACCCAGAGUAGGCGCACUGAAAUUAAUGCUUCUAAGUUACGCAUAUCCAUUAAGUUCAAUGGGUCUAGUCUUAGUACUUAGCAUGGCUUACCACCCAGUGAUCUGUGACUCAACUAAUUGGUUAAGUGGUUUACACCAAUAAAAAUAUAAAACAAAGCAAUAGAAAUUUGCCCCCUACGUGAUUACAGAAAUAAGGAAUGUUUAAACAAAACAAGAUAGAGAGUUAUACCAGCGACUAACUGACAGAGAGAAGAUCAUCAAUAUCAGGAUUGGGAAAUUGGGAAGUAACAAAAGCAGAAAAAUAAAGGAUGGACUUUAGCUCUUGAAAUCCAGAACAUGGGAAGUCCCACUGAAAUUAAUUAAUUCAGACUCUAUAAUUGGCUGUAUUUUUUUUGUUUUUUGAACAUGUUAAGAUUUGGCUUGAUUUGUUAUUAAUACGAAUGUUGUUGUUUUUCUUUUUUGGAAAAUGAAUAAAAAUUAUUUACAAAAUAAUAAUAAUAAUAAAAGUGGCAGACUACUAUAUUUGCAUAAGAGGAAUACUUGAGUUUCUUGGGUGGGUAUGAAAUAAAUGAUCGUUUGCUGGUGAAGAAUCUAGUUCCGGACUGCUUCCAUGCUAGGUUGCUUACCAUUCAGUCCUAUUUUUCCUGGGGUCUACGCAACAUCAUCAUCCAUUGAUAAUCCUCCUGUGUUUUCCUCCCUGCGCUGCUUCCAUCUUUUUUUGUAGUUGUCUGUGACUGCCUUGACUGUGUUAUACCUAGGUAAAUCCAGUAGUAAAUUAACAUAUAAAUAAAUAAAUAAAUCAGAUCACCCAAAAACCAGCAUCUCAGCAACAAAAUGUCAACAGCGAACCAAGGAGACAGAAUAUCACUCUAAGCCCAAAGGCCCAGUGAAACAUAAUGCUUUUAAGGAGAGUCAGAAAACCUGCAGUAUGGAAGCCCAUAUGAAUCUCUUGCAGGGAGAGUUCCACAAUCUAGACACUACUGCUAAAAAGAUCUUGCCUGAUGUCGCCAUUAAUUGAACCACUGAAAGUGGUGGGACACAGAGCAGGUUAGCUCAAAGAUUAGGCAGAUUCAUGUGGUAGAAAGUUGUCCUCCAUAAUACCAAGGAUACUAAUUGCAAAUGUUUACAUGUACUAACAGAAAAUGUAUAUUUGGCCAACAUGAUUUAAUAGCUUGACUGGUCCUCCUAUAUAAGCCAAUAUGGAAUCAGAGCUUUGGGUACAGAUAGUAACAUGGUACAAGUUCUGGGCCCAACGUUCAGCCUGUACAAACUGAAAUACAACCAUGUUGUCACCAUAUAAUUUUAGUAGGGUUUUCUGAGUAAUACUCAGUAAUCUAAUGAACUGUCUGUACAGUGGUACCUCGGGUUAAGUACUUAAUUCAUUCCGGAGGUCUGAAACUGUUCUUAACCUGAAGCACCACUUUAGCUAAUGGGGCCUCCUGCUGCUGCUGUGCCGCCGGAGCACAAUUUCUGUUCUCAUCCUGAAGCAAAGUUCUUAACCUGAAGCACUAUUUCUGGGUUAGUGGAGUGUGUAACCUGAAGCGUAUGUAACUUGAAGCGUAUGUAACCCAAGGUACCACUGUAUAGUAAAUGUCUCUACCAUAUGACAGGAUGUAGACCCUCAUCAGCCUCCUCAGGACCCAGUGGGGCGUCCCAUCAUGCACCAGUCUGGUAUUAAACAUACCACCGGUGAAGCAGACUAUGUCGACGACAUGCCUCCAGAGGAAGGGCAGCUCUACAUGGCUGUGGUCACCAGCACAUGCGCCCAUGCAAAGAUUCUGUAAGUAACAAGAAGGAAAAUGCGUGAGGAAAGUGUGGCAGUAGAACACGGAAAGGAGGACAUAUUUUAACAGAUGCUGGACAUGCUUUGAAUCUUGGUUUGGUUUACUUCAGGAGUGGGCUGGAAUGAAAGUGUGCUUGCAAAUGUAGGGGGAAAGAGGAGGGCUUGACAUACAGUUCUUUUAAAUAAGAGUGGAGUGCUCUGGAAGUGCUUAUUCAGUGCACCCAACACACAAGGCUGAUAUCCACACCCAGUUCUACCAUUAGGGACAGUGAGGCAGCUGCCUGAAGCAGCCGAUUUGGAGUGUCAUGAAAGGGUGGCAAAUGGUUUGCUGGUUAAUUUGUUACAGUGGUACCUCGGGUUAAGUACUUAAUUCGUUCUGGAGGUCUGUUCUUAACCUGAAACUGUUCUUAACCUGAAGCACCACUUUAGCUAAUGGGGCCUCCUGCUGCUGCUGCAUCGCCAGAGCACGAUUUCUGUUCUCAUCCUGAAGCAAAGCUCUUAACCCGAGGUAAUAUUUUUGGGUUAGCAGAGUCUGUAACCUGAAGCGUAUGUAACCUGAAGCAUAUGUAACCCGAGGUACCACUGUAUUGUUGUGUUAAAACUCUCAGGGACAGGGUGCGGAGGGGGGGGGAGGCGUGUUUGUGGUCUUUUCUGCCUCAAAUUACUUGACCAGAUGGGCACUCUUCAACUUGAUUUGAGAGUGGGGAUGGCAUGGGGGAUGGCACCAUUUAUUGUCCUGCAAAUGUCUAUGGUAGGGUUACCAGACGUCCCCAGUUCCCGGGGACAGUCCCUGGAUUUGCAAAUCUGUCCCCGGACAAAUUCCGUCCCCGGAAUGUCCCCAGAUUUGCAAAUCUGUCCCCGGGAAAUGUGGCAGCGGCAGCCUCAGCAGCCUGGAGCCAGCCUGGUAGCGCAGUUGGCUCUGGCUGGCUUCAGGAGAUGCUUGCUGCUUGCUGCCAUGGCGCCCGCCAUUUUUCCUCGCCAGAAGUCCCCAUAUAAUGUGUUGCGCACAAGACACAUCAUAUGGGGACUUCUGGGAGGCCAACUGGUGGGUGCCAUGGCAGCAAGCAGCUCCUGAAGCCAGCCAGAGCCAACUGCGCUACCAGGCUGGGCUCAGGGCUGUUGACUACCGCUGCCACUGCCACUGCUAAAGGGGAACCAGGGACGUCCGGUGAUACAGAUCUCCUGCCCCCUUCCACCUUUGUUUUGACUGAUCGGGGGAGGCUAGGGAGUUGCGGGCGGGCAGCCGUUGUCCAGUUUUUAAAAAACUCUGUGUAUUUAUGUUUCACAGGGUGCAAAAGAAGGGCUUUUCACCUUUAUACAAUAUGCAUUGGGCCCAGGGUCUUUUGCCUCACCAUCCCCACUACUGACUCCCUGUUGCUACUCAGCUUUAAAAAAAAAAAAAGGUGUCCCUGGAUUCAUUGAAAAAAAUCUGGUAACCAUAGUCUAGGGUGGACAUAUCAGCUGCACAUAUCAGCUGCCUGCCUGUAUUGCAGUUAGGGGUGAUUUCACACAUACACAGAUACCAGUUAAGAUAGUACAAAGAGGUUUUUAAGACUGAAUACAUUGGGUUGUUUCACUAUCUGUUUGCAGCUGCAGAAAUACUAGCUGUGCACAACUUAGUCACAUAGGAAAAAAGUGCAUGUUUACUUUAGCUCCUGAAUGUUUAUUUAUUAAAACAUUUAUUUCUUAAAUUCAUCUUGCCAUCAUGUUUGAUCACUGCGACCCAUUGGAACAAAAGUGUUCUAUUUAUCUCUCCUUUCCAGAUCCAUUGAUGUGUCAGAGGCCUUAGAAGAACCAGGGGUGGUUGCCGUGGUAACAGCAGCUGAUAUUCCGGGGCAUAAUGGUGAUGGAAAAGAGGAAAUUUUUGCUAGCGAAGAGGUAUUUUCUGAGCUUUCUGCCUUUCUAUCCAGCAUCUACUCAGAGAUAAGCAGGCCCAGAAUUGUACCCUAAAAAUAUUUUUUUUCUUUAUCAAAGGCACACAUUUACAAUUCCUUGGGCAUGACUAGACCACUAGAACCGAGUUGCUUUGGAGGAAAAAGCUAACAAACUUCCAGAGGAAGGAAAGUAAUUACUAGCUGUAACAUCUUUCACCACCAUAGCUCCUGGACAGGGAAAGUCAAAUAGUGAAAAUCUCAGUUCUAGGCAACCCUUAAAUGUGCAAGAAGCCCCACAGUGUCUGUGUGUGAAUCAUUGUUUGAAGGAUCCAUGAAUGCAUGAUUAAAACAUAAAUGUAUUUUAAAGGCUUGUGUUCAACAUAGCACUGAGGCUAAGAUUCUGCAAACGCGAAGAUUUUCCUCGUGCAGCAGAAACUCUUCUCCCUCUGCAUCCCCCUAAAUCUGUUCUGGGGACUCCCCCAACCCUCCAGAGCAAAUUUGGGGAUGGUAUGGGGCACACAUUGGGCGAGAAGAGGUGAAUUCCCAUUGUGCUGGGACCUUUAGCAUAUGCACUCUAUCAUAGAGCUAUAACCCAUGGAGAUAGGAUCCUGCAACUAGAACUCCUGUAUGGUGGGUCAAUAUUAUUAACCCAUAUAUCAGAUGGAGGUAAUGCACUAUUUAAGGCCACCUAUUCAGGUAUGUGGUAGACAUUACUUUUGAGCUGGGAAUUUGAAAUUCACUGCCUCUUAGCCACUAUCCCAUAAAAUUAAACACAAGCCCAAUCUUCACCCCUUAAUUGUCAUGAAUUUGAAAGGAUUGUUUAAAAAAACCCAAAUGUUUAUGUUUGUCCUCAGUCAUUCUAUAUACUGUAUAUUUUUUGGUCUCCAAUAUGUAUACCCUUUUAAAAAACAACACCCUAGCUACUUGAAAGCAAAUUACCAUAUUUUUUGCUCUAUGACUCACUUUUUCCCUCCUAAAAAGUAAAGGGAAAUGUGUAUGCGUCUUAUGGAGUGAAUGCAGGCUGCGCAGCUAUCCCAGAAGCCAGAACAGCAAGAGGGAUUGCUGCUUUCGCUGUGCAGCGAUCCCUCUUGUUGUUCUGGCUUCUGAGAUUCAGAAUAUUUUUUUCUUGUUUUCCUCCUCCAAAAACUAGGUGCGUCUUAUGGUCUGGUGCGUCUUAUAGAGUGAAAAAUACAGUAAUUUAUCCACUCUUGUAAUGAAGUCCUCUGCUUAAACAGAUAAACUGGAAGCGCUAUGUGGUGCAUGCUAAAUACUUCAUAUUUACUUAAGAUAAAUGCCACAUAUAUAUACUUUACCAUUGGCUUUCAUUGGCAAACCUCUGACAUAUCCACUUGUCAGCUGGUCAUUGCUGAGAAUUCUGAGGAGUCUUCUAGGGUGGGCUCUCAGUUCAGUUGAGGUCAGAGAUUACUCAUGGCACGAGACAUGCAAAUUAGAAUAUGCCCACCCUUCCUCUGUGCCUGUACAUUGAAGAGGAAGGUUGGUAGUGGCAAGCAAGCUGCCAUUCAGGGCAAUUCACCUGCUGUUACUAAUAUCGUCACUGUGCUUGAAAAGCUUCCAGAGAACCCCAGGAUAGUCUCUGGAACAUGGUUUGAAGCCCAAAGCCUUAGCAUGAAAUCUAUUGAAGUACAUUAAACAACCACGUUGUUGUUGUUCUGUAUAGUGAAGCCAUUCCAUUUCUGUUGGUCGGGUGUCAUGCAGGUACUAUAUAUCGGCCACAUUAUCUGCGGUGUGGUUGCAGAAUCCUACGAGUGCGCAAAGCGAGCCAGAAGAAAAGUGAAGAUAGAGUACCAAGAACUGGAACUGAUCCUGACCAUUGAGGUAAGAAAUCAGCCUCUCAUUUGUUAAGCUUCAAGAGGUACUUUACUUGCACUCUAUCUUAACUGUUGGAAUAGAUAAGAACAGUGCUUUUUUCUAGGGGGACGCAUACCCCUAAACGUUUUGUGUAUCUUUGUACUUUUGUCCAUUUACUGUAUUCAUUUUUCCCGAUUUGAACUAGAAAAUGGUGAUUUUCUUGAAUCAAAAUGAGGGUACCCCUAAACAUUUUUUAAGAAAAAAAGCACUGGAGAAGAAGAAGAAGAAGAAGAAGAAGAAGAAGAAGAAGAAGAAGAAGAGUUUGGAUUUGAUAUCCCGCUUUAUCACUCCCUUUAAGGAGUCUCAAAGCAGCUAACAUUCACCUUUCCCUUCCUCCCCCACAACAAACACUCUGUGAAGUGAGUGAGGCUGAGAGACUUCAGAGAAGUGUGACUAGCCCAAGGUCACCCAGCAGCUGCAUGUGGAGGAGCGGGGAAGCGAACCCGAUUCACCAGAUUACGAGACUACCGCUCUUAACCACUACACCACACUGGCUCUCUAAUAAGAACAUUAGAAAAGCCAAGGCAAUGGCCCAGCUAGUCUAGCAUCCUGUUUCCUCCUGCCAGAUAAAUCCCAAAGUCAGGAAUAAAAAUAGCAGCCCUCUGUGGCUGCCUGCUUCAUAGUAUUCAAAGACCUCCCAAAGGGUGAGCCAAAGGCAUCUUGUACCUGAGGCAAAGAAGUGGCAAACACACACCUGCGUAGGAUCUGCAUGACCUUUCAGUCUUAAGGAUACUAUUAGAACAUGCAAUACCCUUGUUUGACAGCCUAUAGGUUAACACUGAUAGCAUUCAGAUGACCAUAUCUUAAUAAGCUGUGUCGCAUUUUGGCUACACCCCUCCCCAUCAGCCACCCCAAACUCAUGUCUUUGUGCAAGCGAACAAACAAGCCAGGAAGGAUUUGACCACCUACGGUUCUCCAUUUUGUCUGAACCAAGAAACUAUGGCAUCGGAACAAGUCAGGAAAUUAAGCCAAACUGAUGCUCAUUUGUACUGCAGCUUGUUCAGAUGAGCUUGAAUCAUCCAAGUAUGGCCACUGUGUGCAUAUAUUUUAUAGUUCUGAAUUUCAAAUCAAAAGGGCUAAUCGGCUUAUUAGGUUGUUCUGCCAUCUCUUGAAUCAGACAUGUGUCUUUGAGAAAGAGGCAAUGUCCAUAAGUAUACAAUAGUCUCCUUUCAGCAAUGUCAGGAUGACAGAGUACAUACAAAUGUACUUAGAGCCAGUGUGGUGUAGUGGUUAAGAGUGGUGGACUCGUAAUCUGGUGAACCGGGUUCGAUUCCCCGCUCCUCCACAUGCAGCUGCUGGGUGACCUUGGGCUAGUCACACUUCUUUGACGUCUCUCAGCCCCACUCACCUCACAGAGUGUUUGUUGUGAGGGAGGAAGGGAAAGGAGAUUGUUAGCCGCUUUGAGACUCCUUUGGGUAGUGAUAAAGCGGGAUAUCAAAUCCAAACUCCUCCUCCUCCUCCUCUUAGCAUUUGUUGCGUACCUCAGACCAUUUAGUGCACUUUACAUACAGCAGGCGAGGGGAGCCUGUAGCCCUACAGAUGUUGUUGGACUACAACUCCCAUCAUCUGUAUCCAUUGGCCAUAUUGGCUGUUGGGAGUUGGAGCCUAGUGACAUCUGAAGGGUCACAGUUCCCCACCCGUGGCAUAUGGUAUCUCAGCAACCUUUAAAACAACCUAUAAGAUGUCAGUAUCAUUAUCCGCAUGUGAUAGAUUGUGGGGUAAGGUGGUUGAGCGAUAUUGGUUCACUUGAAAACGCCUAGUAAAUUCAUGGCUGAGGCUCAAAGCUCAACACUCUGAUUACUGUGCUACACCUCCAGCUGCUUUCUGGAUGAAAUAUGUUCUCCAUUCUCACAGGUACUACUCAUGUAAUAAUACUCACUGGGGAGCCGCAAAAGUAGAUACAACUUUCAAAGAACAAUACGAGAAUGGGGGUUGAACAGAUGGACAAAGAACACCAAAUGCCUUCACCAUAACACGAAAAAGGGUGGAUUUUGGGAUGCCUGAGACAGACCAAGGGUCUUUUUUAAUGUAUUUGUUUAUUAUUUAUUUCUGGAGAUAGUUCUUUCCCAUACAGCACUUUGGACACAGAUCUUUCAACAACAGGGAUUUGAUGAACAGGAAAAGAACCUAUUGUUUAGUUUCUGAUCAGGCAUGAGCCAACUCCUUAGCUAGAGUAAAAUCAGUGCAACUAUACUGGGAAAGAAUAUCAGUGCAUCUGAAAGAACUGUAAGAUGGUAGUGACAACGACGACAUAGUGCUUUGUGUUCUGCGAUUUGAAUGCUGUGUUUCCUCCUAUUUUUCAGGAGGCAGUUAAGCAUAAGUCAUUCUUGACAGAAGAAAAGAAAAUAGAAAGAGGAAACAUUACAGAAUCAUUUAAGAAUGUUGAGAACAUCAUUGAAGGUAGGGUGCUAUCAGUAAUGUAUGGGGUUCUCGUGACAUAGCAGCAAGCAGGUUCAGUCUAUCUGUUUGUUGUUGUUUAGUCGUGUCCAACUCUUCUUGACCCUAUGGACCAGAGCACACCAGGCCCUCCUGUCUUCCACUGCCUCCCGCAGUUUGGUCAAACUCAUGCUGGUAGCUUUGAGAACAGUGUCCAACCAUCUCGUCCUCUGUCAUCCCCUUCUCCUUGUGCCCUCCAUCUUUCCCAAAAUCAGGGUCUUUUCCAGGGAGUCUUCUCUUGUCAUCUAUCUGUUUACAUUUCAUUUAAAUUGAUCACAGAUUGGUAUGAUUACCGGGUGACAACUGUACCAUGAGCACUCCUUAUGCAGAAAACAUAGCUGUGUGAAUCAGAGAUGGGGAAGACUUUCGAUUCAGUUCUUCUUCUUUUUAUUUUAUUUUAUUUUAUUAAUUACCUUCUAAGGCACCAUCUCAAGGUGAUUUACACAUAAAAUAAUUUAAAACGGUAAAAACACAAAAACAACAAAUACAUUUAAAACAAGAGUAAAACCCUAACAAGUGGACACUUGUGGCAAAGAUCCAUUUAUCCAUGUCAUGGACUGGUUGGAUACAGAGGAGUGGUGAGAUGAACCAGCUGGGAAGCCACCAAGGCAGGCAUCCCCAAACUCGGCCCUCCAGAUGUUUUGGGACUACAGUUCCCAUCAUCCCUGACCACUGGUCCUGUUAGCUAGGGAUGGUGGGAGUUGUAGUCCCAAAACAUCUGGAGGGCCUAGUUUGGGGAUGCCUGCACCAAGGGAAGAAGGCUCAGAGCCCAGGGAGUGAUGGUGGGACAACAUCACUCAGAGGGAGAAGACUAGGAAGAGGAGGUGUUGGAAGCUGAAGAAGUAACAGGGUUUAGUGAGUAGGAAGAGUCUGUAGCAGAGAGUCUGUGGCUUGCUGCCCCCCCCCCCAGCCUGGCUUUGCUGUCCAGGUAAAACACAAUACACUGAGAUAUCUUCACAAUAGGGGUGCAUGGAUCAGUCUGCUUUUGGUCUGUGUUAAUUCUGCAUGUUUUCAUGUUUUUUGCUGUAAUCUACAUGUUUUUUGCUGUAAUCUGUGGUUUAAAAAACCAACAAAACAGCAUGAAAAUUUGUAUUUCUGUAUGCAUUUUCUCACAAAAUACACAUUUCUAACAAUAUUUUUGCUCUAAAUUCGCAUUUCUAUAUAGCCUGAAACACAUCCGCAAAUUGCAUCAUAAAAUUGGGAGGUCACAAUCCACAGGAUAGCUGACCUUUGUAGGGAACCAAAUCCUCAAGCACCCCAGCGUUAUAAACGGCUCCCUUAUUAUUCUCAGACAUGAAAAACCACCGCUCAGAUGUAAGCCCAAUUGAACUCAAUGGAGCUUACUACCAGGAAAGAGGAUUGCAGCCUAUUCCCCCCCCCCCAGUUUUGUAAAAUAUUUUUAUUGUUAUUUUCACACAGAAAGAGAAAUACUGUAGUCUGAAAAGCUGCAUAGCACACCACCUCAGCUCCAAGAAGAAGGAAAAUUAAAAGCACUGUGGAUGCCUUGAAGAGAAAACAGAAACUCAAAGCCUUUCCUAAAGCUAGAUAGACACACAGUUGUACCUUGGUUGUCAAACGCCUUGGUACUCAGACGUUUAGGCUCCUGAACACCGCAAACCCGGAAGUGAGUGUUCUGGUUUGCGAACGUUUUUUGGAAGCCAAAUGUCCAACAGGGCUUCUGCGGCUUCUGAUUGAGUGCAGGAAGCUCCUCCAGGCAAUCGGAAGCCGCACCUUGGUUUUCGAACCAUGCUGGACUCCCGGAAUGAAUUAAGUUCGACAACCAAGGUACGACUGUAUGAACUCAUCAGCUCCCCUCUUGUCCACACCAGUCUAGUCCUCUGAGUAGUUUUUCAUAUUUUAUUUUGUUUGGGGCUCUUCUUGGUUGCCCUUCAGUGCUUCUCUACCAAUCUGUUUGUUGUUCCUGCUCGUCUUAACCAUCCCCUUUUAUGAAGCCUACAGGCUAAGUCAUGCAAUGAAGUGUCGCAUUGUAUGGUGAGGUACGAAUCUAAUCAAGUUAGCCAUGCAAUUGUUUUUUAACAGGCGAGAUCCACGUCGGAGGGCAGGAGCAUUUUUACCUGGAAACAGACAGUGUCUUUGUCGUUCCAAGAAAAGAGGAUAAGGAAAUGGAUAUAUAUACGUCUACCCAAUAUGGUUCAAAAGUCCAGGUGAGGCAACUCAAGUCUUUGACUGCCAGCGUGGGGAAACUCCACAAGUGUUUCAACACGAGAUGGACCCCACUGGCACAAAAGAGUCUUAAACUGGAUGUAAUCAGUUGUUGAUGCUUGUAAUUAAAAACAACAGCAUUUGUAUUGUUGCAAAAGUUAGGUGCAAUCUCUGCAAGAUUCUGUGGAUUCCGGGUACUCGCCCAGUCAGUGUUCCUUUGUUAGCUGUCAUUUUUAUUCCUACACACAAAAAUACAUAUACACACAUGCUGAAUUUCUGUCUUCCAGCAUGUGUAUCCAUUCUUCAUAGACAUGCUGCUGUUUGGCAGUACAGUGGUAGCUCGGGAUGCGAAUGGGAUCCGUUUCGGAGCCCCGUUCGCAUCCUGAACAGAACGUAAGACGCAACUGCGCAUCUGCGCGUGCACGGGUCGUGUUUCGCCGCUUCCGCGCAUGCACGUGACAUCAUUUUGACUGUCUGCACGUGCGCGAGCCGUGAAACCCGGAAGUAACGCGCUCCAUUACUUCCGGGUCACCGCGGAGCGCAACCCGAAAAUACUUAUCCUGAAGCGUAUUUUUCCCGAGGUAUGACUGUGGUGGUUCUUUUUCUCCUAAUUUGUUGUAGCAGAAUCUGUCUCCUGCACAAAGCUAUCUCAGCGUUUCCCUACCAGCCAGACUUGGGGGGGGGGCAUGUUUUAUCCAGAAUAUACUCGAAAAUGUGCAGUGUUUUCAGUUAAAAGAUUGGGCUGACAAAAGGUAGGUAAAGGGACCCCUGACCGUUAGGUCCAGUCGCGGACGACUCUGGGGUUGCGGCGCUCAUCUUGCUUUAAUGGCUAAGGGUCAUGCGGCCAGCAUGACUAAGCCACUUCUGGCAAACCAGAGCAGCACAUGGAAAUGCCGUUUACCUUCCCGCUGGAGUGGUACCUAUUUAUCUAUUUGAACUACGUGCUUUUGAACUGCUAGGUUGGCAGGAGCAGGGUUCGAGCAACGGGAGCUCAUCCCGUCACAGGGAUUCAAAACGCCGACCUUCUGAUCGGGAAGCCCUAGGCUCUGUGGUAUGUACAGGAAAUGCAAGGAGAUGAAAUUAAAUACAGUGGUACCUCGGGUUACAUACGCUUCAGGUUACAGACUCCGCUAACCCAGAAAUAGUACCUCGGGUUAAGAACUUUGCUUCAGGAUAAGAACAGAAAUCGGGCUCUGGCAGCGCGGCAGCAGCGGGAGGCCCCAUUAGCUAAAGUGGUGCUUCAGGUUAAGAACAGUUUCAGGUUAAGAACAGACCUCCGGAACGAAUUAAGUACGUAACCAGAGGUACCACUGUAUGUACAUCUGGAGUAAACAUGCUAUUAAUGAUCUAGGGAAAUACUAGGCUUUUUUACAACCUGAAAAUGCUUUUAUUUUGUUUGUUUUGCAGCAAACAGUGGCUUCAGCAUUAAAUGUUCAAUCCAACAGGAUCAUGACCCACACAAGGCGAGUUGGCGGAGCUUUUGGGGGAAAGAGUACAAAACCUUCAUUUUUCGCCGCAGCUGCAGCAGUUGCUGCACACAAGUAAGUGUUGCAGUUGUCUGUGAUUUUACUGAAAGCAACUAAAACGACAAGUGCCUUCUUUAUAUACAAAACCUCUUACAAUAGAAUUUUAUAGACAUUCUGUGUUUUCCAAAAAGGAAAGGCAAUGCCCACACAGCUUAUGACAGGGCGUGCAUGUUUUAUAACUCAAAAGUACCAGUCAGCAUCUACUUAUUGUUUGCCUCCAGGGGUCAGUAUUUUGCAGGAGAGAUUCAAGGACAUACUAGAAAUUAAAGGUAAAGGUAAAGGGACCCCUGACCAUUAGGUCCAGUUGUGGACGACUUUGGGGUUGCAGCGCUCAUCUCGCUUUAUUGGCCAAGGGAGCCGGCAUUCAGCUUCCAGGUCAUGUGGCUAGCAUGACUAAGCUUCUUCUGGCGAACCAGAGCAGCGCACGGAAACGCCGUUUACCUUCCUGCCGGAGUGGUACCUAUUUAUCUACUUGCACCUUGACGUGCUUUCGAACUGCUAGGUUGGCAGGAGCAGGGACCAAGCAACGGGAGCUCACCCCAUUGCGGGGAUUCGAACCGCCGAUCAACUGGUUGGCAAGCCCUAGACUCUGUGGUUUAGACCACAGCGCCACCCACGUGGUACAUACUAGAAAUUAGGUUUGUACAAUAAAAGCAGAUUAAAGCACCCUCUUGCCCUGGUGCAACUUAUGCACUGAAAAGUGUAGAAUGGAUGGAUGCUUAACAGGAAGAUGAAUAAACACCGAGCAAGCAAAUCAGCACGAGUGCUUAUUGUCAUAUAACCUGACUGUAAACAGAUCAAUAAGAGCAGACAAACAGGAUGUCUGUGUAGCUAUUGGUUCUGCUAACAGCUUACCUUGAAGGUAACCUAAGCCUUUGUUGUUUGGCUUAGAACUGGCCGCCCGGUCCGUUUUAUCAUGGAGCGAGAUGAUGACAUGCUAAUACCUGGAGGUCGACAUCCUCUUUGGGGGCAAUAUAAAGUAAGUAAUACUGAUUUUUACAAGCUCUGUUUCAGUGACAUGCAAAACUUCCCCAUGCUUUGAACUAGAUUUUGCACAUCCACUGGGCUAAGUCCUUGAGGUAUCUCUCCCUACUCUUCCCCAAGAGGAUUAUUUUGACCCAAAAGUAUUUGUUUAUUUAUUAAAACACUUUUGGCUUUCCCUUCAUUGCAAAAUGAGUAACAGUAAUAUCGACCCCAGACAAGGCACUAAUAUCUUGCAGAAGUUGGGGGUGCAUGGUAUGGUCAAAAGGGAAAUAUGUGUGUUGGGCUGUACAGGAUAGGUGGCAGGCAUCAAGCAUCUUUUGAGAUUUAUCCUUUCCAAGGAAACCUAGUAAGUUAAAAGAAACAACCAGUGGUUUCUAAGAUAAAUUCACACAGUUCAGAGAAUGAAGCAUGAGUCUAAUGUGUCUUAACUACUGCAAAACGCUAUUGAAUUUUUAGGUGGGAUUCACGAAUGAUGGCAAAAUCGAAGCUGUUGAUCUUUUGUUCUACGUAAAUGGCGGGUGUACACCUGAUGAAUCAGAACUGGUAAGUUUUUCCAUGUCAGCAUGUUGAAUUCGCAAGUGGAAAAUGGAAUGAGAAAGGGGUUCUUCACGCAUGACGUUUGGAUCUCAUUUCUGACAUGAAGUUACUAGGCAGCCUUAAGCAAGUCUUUCUCUCGCAGUCACAGCCCUCAUUAUCAAUACAGUCAUACCUCGGGUUAAAUAUUCUUUGGGAUGAUUUUUUUCGGAUUGUGUUCCACGGCGACCCAGAAGUAAUGGAGUGUGUUACUUCAGGGUUUCGCCGCUUGCGCAUGCGCAGACGUGGAAUGCCCUCUUCAGAGAGUCUUGCCUGCUGCCCAUUUUGUUGUCUUUUCAAUGUCAGGUACAGAGCAUUUGUUUAUGCAUUUUGGGUUUUUUUUAUAAAUAAUUUUUAUUAACAGACCAAUCAUAUCAAAUCAAAUCACAUAAAUUCCGAAUUACAGAGCCUAAUUUUAAAUUUUGUUGGGGGUACCCAUAUUUAAAGUUCUGAAAGGGGUCCAAUCCUCUUAUUGCUACUGCUUUAAAAGUCCACAAAUCUGUCCAAAUAAUGUUCAAAAUUCUGUCCAAUCCUUUCUUGCUGUUUUCCACAUCUCUUCUAGUUGUUUUCAUAUAUUUUUCCUCUCUUGUUUAUGCAUUUUGAGCCAAUAGCUUUAUAACAAAAUCCAGAGAAGUGCAAAAUCCAAAGAAUAAUUAUGUUGUACUCUGUGGCCAUGAAUUGCAAAUUAGGUCAGUUUGCCUAAAAUGCGGACAAAACAAAAUUCUCCUCCGUCCCUUCCUGGGGCCCUCCAGCUGUUGCUGGAUUACAACUCCCCAUCUUCCCUGGCCAUUGAUUUGUCCAUUGUUCAUCCAGGGACAACAACAUAAGGGCAGCCACAUGUUCCCCACCCUGUCAAUAGAACCAGUUAGACCAUGGGAUAGUUCAGACGUUCAUCUCCAGGGGCUUGUCCACACUGACCCAAAUACAGUAGAUGUGAGGGUGAGUCUUUAGUCUUGGGGCUUGUGUUCACACUGGAAUGAAAAAUGUGAAUUUGCACCUGCUUGUUUUGCCUACAUUAAUAAAGGGGUAUCCACAUGAUGUCCUCCCCAUCCCAGUGUUCUCCCAACCUUUCCUUCUUUAAAUGUGGGUUUAUUCAAUCCUUGGAAGGUUGGGGGGGGGACAUUGGGGGGGCACAUUUAAAGUGGGGAAACAAUACUGGGAUGCAGAGGAUGUUUAUGUGGACACCCAUACAUUGAUGGCAUGUGUACAUUUAACUCCAGUGUAGACAAGCCCUUGGAUUGUUCUGUGGAUAAAGAAAUAUGAGUGUACAUGCAUCCAGGCGUACGCACAAUUCAGUUGUUUGCCACAUUCAGCUCCAUAAGACGCAGUACUCAUGAUUAACAGGUUUGUUAUCUAUCCCCGUUCAUUAGGUAAUAGACUACGUUGUGCUAAAGAGUUGCAACGCAUAUGAUAUCCCCAACUUCCGAAGCCGUGGAUGGGCCUGUAAGACUAACUUGCCGUCGAACACUGCCUUUCGAGGUUUUGGAUUCCCACAGACAGCCCUUACUGCAGAAACAUGGGUGGCAGCUGUGGCAGAUCACCUUGGCUUGCCACAUGACCAGGUAAACGGACGAACGAUCGGAGGAAGUGCUGAGCGAGGAGCUCUGUACUGUGAUUUGGGUACAAUACCACGUUAUCAUGUCAAAUCCAUGUUCCCAGCCCUGCAUUUGCAAAAAAUUUAUAAUUGUGAAUCUCCACUUGCAGGAGAGUAUUGGCAGAAAGGAGGGGGGCUUAACCCUUACUGUGCCAACAGAUUCUUCCCUCUAAAUGCCCCUUAAGGCCACCACCACCACAGCUUCUUUUCAGUUGGCUUAUGAAAUGUCAAAAAAUUAACAAGUGUCUAAAUUUUAGGCCCCCUUUGAGAUUGAGUACCAAGCCAGCUGGAUCUUCUGCCUCCCCCCUGCCCCCCCGCCGCCGCCUCCAAUUGUCCCUGGCCAUAACCCCCAAACUCCUGACAAAUAUCAGCCGAGACUGAAAAUAAGCUUCAGGUCACACCUGAUUCAGCAUUUGGAUGGUUUCUGUUCCUUCUUUGGGGAUAAAUUUAUUCUAAUCAGGGACUUUCCCAGACUGUUCCUGUUUUGUGGGUGGGAUUCAGUCACAUACUGGCAAAUUCAGGUUAUGGGAUUAAAGUGGAUUUGUCUUUUGUGAACAAACAAACAAAAAAGCUACUCAACAUGGGCAUAGCCAGGAUUUUUGUUAGGGGAGGAGGCAGAACCUCAGUUAGUUAAGUAUUUUUAUUGAUUUUUUUAAUGAUUUAGGGGAGGCACCUGCCCCCUGCCCCCCCCAGCUACGCCCAUGCUUCCCCCCAAAAUUGACUUUUCCUGGAUGGGAAACUGCCGUGGAAACAAUUGCUUGAUGCGAUGUCAUAUAACUUCCCUGCAAGCAAAUCAGAACGAAUGCUCAAUAAUCAGCCAGCAUCAUAUAACCUUGCUGAAAACUUUGUGCAAACAAAUAAUGAUGAAAGCUCAAUAAGCAAGUCAUCUGGAAGUUACCUGGGAUGUUUAUUAGAAGAAACUAAAAUUGUCUAUGUUUAAAGAUUAUACAAGCACUCCCUCAUGUGGUAAAACUAUGGUUUGCAGGCAUUCAAGUCCUAUAUAUGCCAUAUCAGAAUUAAACCAUCCCCUCCCCCUUAAACACUCUAGAUCUUUCUGACUCUAUCCUUUACUGAAGUCAACUACCGUAUUUACUCGAAUCUAAUGUGCACCUUUUUUAGGCAAAUUACAUUGCGAAAAUUAAGGUGUGCAUUAGAUUCAAUGGCACAUUUACAUUAGCCAGCAAAUACGUUUCUUGGUUUCAAGGUUCUGAAAACUGAGGUGCUCAUUAGAUUUGAUGGGGCAUUCAACUCGAGUAAAUGCGGUAACUUUCUCAGGACUGUGGUAGUUUGGGCGCAAUUCACUUUGGGGAACAAAGGGAUGGCAAAGACCAUUACUGAAGCAGCAAAUAUUGUUCUAUUCCUUCUGCAACACAAUAUUCUUCAUAGUUACUUAAAGUACAGACUUGUAAGGCAAUGCUGGUAGAUUUCACUCCAAAUUAUCCUACUUCUGCUAACUUUGAGAGCAAUCCUUACUUGAUUUUGGAGUACUUACUUGCCUUUUGGGGGCACAUGUUACGUGCUGAAAGGUUCUGAAAUUGCCAGUGUGAAAUAUACUCAGAGUCAAGAGUGGAUUUCAUGCUCUUUAUUCAGCUCAUAGUGGUGAGGAGGAAUGGAAGUUCCCCCACAAUAACUGCUUUAUAUACAUUAUUUACACAAUGGGCUGCACGUGAUUAGCUAAUUGCGGAAUUCUCCUGUAGGCCAAUCAGGUUGUGGAUUCACUUCCAUCUGGAGCCAGAUUGGGUGGCUCCUGCAGACCAAUCAUACUGCUGCAUUGUUCUAGGACCAAUCAGACUGCUGCAUUCUGAAUCCUAUUGUUCUAGGACCAAUCAGACUGCUGCAUUUUGGAUCCUAUUGUUCUAGGACCAAUCAGGCUGCUGCAUUUUGGAUCCUAUUCAACUCAGUACAUAACACAGUGACAUCUUGCCAUUUAAAACAUAGAAAUUAUACUCUGAGAUUGGGGGCUGGUUAAGCAGACUGAGGGUACACAGGCCUCUCUUACAGGCUACUGUCUGAAUAUUGUGAAUGCAGAAGCUUUAAGCUUCAGUGGUGCCUUGUUCUCCUUGGAACUGGUAGGGCAGAAACAGUAGAUAGAGGCAGAGCCAACUAAUUCUAGUCUUGUCCACAUCUUUCUCCCUGCUGGGUUCUAUAAGGGAGCUCACUAAGCGCUGGUUGCAGGCUGUUUUGUUAGAAAGACCCAUUAAAAUUGGGUGUGCUAAUUCCUCAUUAAAAAUCCAGACUUGAAAGCUAUGCUUUUGUUUUUGAAAGUCCUGAUGCUGUUGUUUGCCUGCUAUAACAUUUUCAGGGCCUGUCCUUCCAUUACCAGGGGUCAGCAAACUUUUUCAGCAGGGGGCCAGUUCACUGUCCCUCAGACCUUGUGGGGGGCCGGAUUAUAUUUUGAAGGGAAAAAAUGAACGAAUUCCUAUGCCCCACAAAUAACCCAGAGAUGCAUUUUAAAUAAAAGCACACAUUCUACUCGUGUAAAAAAAAAUGCUGUUUCCUAGGCCAUCCGCGGGCCAGAUUUAGAAGGCAAUUGGGCCGGAUUUGGCCCCCGGGCCUUAGUUUGCCUAUCCAUGCAUUAGGGCCAAGUGUUUCAGAUGGCUCAAGUAGCAGUUGCUACGGGGAAGAAACAGCAAAGUGUUGGAGAAAAAGUCUGUACUUCCUGGCCUGUCCCAUGCCUCCCAGGCUAUCUUACUAUUCUCUGGUGUGUUGGAAGAUGCUGUCUCAUCAGAUAAAAGCAGUGGGACAAGUGUGGAUGAGUUGUGGAGUAGGAUUGCCAUCAUUUUGAUUUUGGGACAGGGCUUCUGUGUGUAAGUAACUGCAGCACGCAGUGACGGGGUGUUUCUGUUGCCUAGUAGUUAUGGAAUCAACACUUUUUAAAUACAAAACCUCUUUAUCAGGAAAACAACAGCUUUUCUAAUUAACGUAUAAUGUUUUGGCUUACAAGAACUUGGAAUAAAUUAACAGUGUCGUGCAUGUCUCCUUUAAAGGUCCGGUGGAUGAACAUGUACAAAGGAGUAUCUGAGACUCCCUACAAAGAAGAGGUUGAUGCUACAAAUCUUGUCGCAUGUUGGAAAGAGUGCCUGGAAAAGUCUGAUUACUACAACAGGAGAAAAGCAGCAGAAGAAUUUAACAAGCAAAACUACUGGAAGAAGAAAGGGAUUGAGAUAAUUCCUAUGCUGUUUUCGGUUGGAUUUAAUACCACAUAUUAUCACCAGGCAAGCUUUUUGAUACUCCAGAAAUCUAUCCAUCUACAAAGUAAAGCAGAGUAACAACAGUCAAAGUUGUUAGAAACAUACAGGGCAAACAGGAAUUUGUGUGGGUACAAUGGCACAGGGGGAAAGGGUUAAGCCUUCUCUCCUCUGGUGCCACAGUCCCAAUUCAAAUGUCCAUCUCUUCCUAGAUCUGCACUUACCAUUCAAUAAACUGUGGGACACCCAUUCACAGAUCUCUUGCCAACUUGUCUAGCUGCAGGUCAUCGCCCCACUCCCCCAGUAUAUUGUUCAGGCCACCCCAAUCUUUGCCGUUCAAUUCAUGAUUCCAGGGGUCUUGGCAGGGUUUGUGUUUCCAUUGGAAAAUCAAGGCACAGCGGAGACUGUAGUGUCUUUAAGAAAUAUGGUAUAUUUAUACAUAUUCAAACCUGAGUCUGAAUGAAGAGAGGGUUCUGAGCAUCACAUCUCAAGAGGGCACAGCACUGGAUUCAAAGGCAGCCCAAAUGCCACCUUGUUGUUUCCUCUACCAGCCCUCAUGACAUCUGGCCCCACGCUUCUUCCCCAAAACCCUUGCUAAAAAACACAGCCCAAGCUUCAUGCAAAAAGGACAUUUUUUUACAUGUGGUGACAACAUGCCCCUGCAACCUGGGCAACCCUCCCCUCCCAACUCUUCUGUCCACUACUCAGAGUGCUGGGGGGGGGACACAGUAUUUGCAUCUUAAAAAGCAGAGACAUCACCUUGCCGACAAAGGUCCACAUAGUUAAAGCUAUGGUUUUCCCAGUAGUGAUGUAUAGAAGUGAGAGCUGGACCAUAAAGAAGGCUGAUCACCGAAGAAUUGAUGCUUUUGAAUUAUGGUUCUGGAGGAGACUCUUGAGAGUCCCAUGGACUGCAAGAAGAUCAAACGCAUCCAUUCUUAAGGAAAUCAGCCCUUAGUGCUCACUGGAAGGCCAGAUCCUGAUGCUGAGGCUCCAUUACUUUGGCCACCUCAUGAAAAGAGAAGACUCCCUGGAAAAGACCCUGAUGUUGGGAAAGAUGGAGGGCACAAGGAGAAGGGGACGACAGAGGAUGAGAUGGUUGGACAGUGUUCUCCAAGCUACCAGCUACCAGCAUGAGUUUGACCAAACUGCGGGAGGCAGUGGAAGACAGGAGUGCCUGACAUGCUCUGGUCCAUGGAGUCACAAAGAAUCGGACACGACUAAACGACUAAACAACAACAACACUCUGCUCCCCUUCCUUUCUUAGUGGCACCUCUAUCAGCUCAUCUCCUGAACAGGAAAACAAGUAUAGCCUGUAUUUCUACAUUGUUCUGGCAUCUUCCCUUAAUAUUCCAAAUAUUAGCUAAAUUGCAACAUCUAAGAAUUUAGGAGGAUCUGCCUCCCCCCAACUCAUAACAGUAUCUAUUUAUUUGGAGUAUUUCUAUUCAUUCUAAACAUGGGUGAGACAUAGCUUUAACAAUAGCACAGGGGCAAUUCCCCCCCCCCCCCCAAUAGUUCAGAGAUGGGAAUUGUUUCAGCUUUUUGAUUUGUGCCCCAUCUAUAAAGGAUGUGAGGGACGCGGGUGGCGCUGUGGGUUAAACCACAGAGCCUAGGACUUGCUGAUCCGAAGGUUGGUGGUUCAAAUCCCCGUGACGGGGUGAGCUCCCGUUUCACAGUCCCAGCUCCUGCCAACCUAGCAGUUCGAAAGCACGUCAAAGUGCAAGUAGAUAAAUAGGUAUCGCUCUGGCGGGAAGGUAAACGGCGUUUCCGUGCGCUGCUCUGGUUUGCCAGAAGCAGCUUAGUCAUGCUGGCCACAUGACCUGGAAGCUGUACGCCGGCUCCCUCGGCCAAUAAAGCAAAAUGAGCGCCGCAACCCCAGAGUCAGCCACGACUGGCCCUAAUGGUCAGGGGUCCCUUUACCUUUUAUAAAGGAUGUGAUCAAGCGUGCAAUGUGCAGCCAUUAAAAAUAAUUGGAAAUUUACUAUUCACCUGAACUAAAUAGAGACAUGACAGAUUUCUCAGUGCGCUCAUCAUCCUUGAUUGUUGACUAAGCUGGCUGGGAAUUGUAGUCCAACAUUAUCCAGGGACUCAAAGCUGAAGAAUGUUGUUAUAAGGAACAGUUCUCUUUAUCCUGUUGCUAGGCUUCAAGAAGGCUCCUAAGAUACCAGACCAAAAUCUCAUCUAGUCAGUACCAUCAUUGGCAACUACCAUAUUUUUUGCUCUAUAAGACUCACUUUUUCCCUCCUAAAAAGUAAGGGGAAAUGUGUGUGCGUCUUAUGGAGCGAAUGCAGGCUGCGCAGCUAUCCCAGAAGCCAGAACAGCAAGAGGGAUUGCUGCUUUCACUGUGCAGUGAUUCCUCUUGCUGUUCUGGCUUCUGCGAUUCAGAAUAUUUUUUUUCUUGUUUUCCUCCUCCAAAAACUAGGUGCGUCUUGUGGUCUGGUGUGUCUUAUAGAGCGAAAAAUACGGUACUUUCCAUCUGAGUUCUUUCCUACCCCUGCUAGUACCCCAAAUUCUCAUCAAGUGACUGAACCUGGGACCUGUGCUCGAGCGCUCUACUCUGUUAUCAACGUGUCCUUUUUUCUGCCACUGUGGGAUAUAUCUUCUUUGCUCCUGAAAUGUUUUUCUGUAUCAAAUCAUAGUAGAAUUUGCUUUGAUGGAUAAUCAGUUUGUUAUUUUUCUGUAGGCUAUAGCUCUGGUCCACAUCUAUCUGGAUGGGUCUGUGCUGGUGUCGCAUGGUGGAGUGGAAAUGGGGCAAGGAUUAUACACCAAGAUGUUACAGGUAGUACGAAAUAUCAAACACCUACAUACAAACAAAGCUACUCACUCCUUUGCUAGUUAAUUGUAUAUGAUCCAGUUUACAUCUGUGUUUUUUAAAAUAAAGUUUCAGUGUUUAUACUUUCUGAGCUAGAUAACUAAUUUUCUGCAUGUGUCUAACUGUAACCAUAAAUGUUAUUUUCCCCCUGUUGGUUUGAAGUUAUGCUGUUAACCCCUGGUCAGUAUCUUUGUUUUCUAAACUAAAAGGUUGCCAGCCACGAAUUGAAGAUACCAUUGUCUUACAUACAUCCUUAUGAAACAACUUCAGUAACAAUACCUAAUGCGGUGGUCACCGCAGGAUCAAUUGGCACUGAGGUCAAUGGGAAAGCAGUCCAGGUUAGAUACUUAUCUGUGGCUAUUGUUUAAAGUUCUCUGAGAAUUUCCCUCUUCCUGUUGUUCAGGGUGCUUUUGAUAUUUUGAUAUUGUUAUGGUUUGUUCAAAAUAUUUCUGUGUAUGUUCUCUUCUUCUGGCACACUGUGGCUGCAUAAACACUAUACAUUUGAAAAAAGCAUAACUCCCCCCAAAGAAUAUUGGAAACUGUAGUUUACUCCCUCACAGAGCUACAAUUCCCUAAUAUGCUAUAGUUCCCAGAAUACUUUGGGAGGAAGAUGUGCAUUGCAUGUGCUUUGAAUGUAUGGUGUGUACUACGAUGAUAACUCAAGGCCUGUAAACUGGAUCACUUAAGAAUACGGCUUUGUUUUGGUUUUCUAAACUGAAUUUUCCCAGCGUAAACAGAUGCCAGUGUUGGAUGCUGUUAAGGUUGUAGCUUAGAGGUGAGGAACCUGCAGCAGUUCAGAGGUUCUUUGGACUCCAACUCCCAUCAGUCCCAGCCACCGUAGCCAGUGGUCAGAAGUGAUGGGAGUUGUAGUCUUAAAAAAUACACACUGGAGGUCCUGCUGUCAUUCUGUGCCCACUUACCUAGAAAUAAGAUCUAGUGAACUCAGCAGGGCUUGCAUCUGACCAGACGUGUAUUGGUUGCACUAUAAAAAAAAAACCACUGAAAUUGGAGAAUUGGCUUCAGUGGGAUUUAAACAUUACAAACUUUAUUUGAAAUGGGGCCUCGUUUUCUAGCUGUUAGAGAGUUCAGACUUACGCCUGUAAGCACUUAUACCCUUACUAGGAAGGACCAUAGUGUUCUAGAGGGCUUGGUGGUCCAGCUUCCUUAGCUUGCAGGCCUUAAUGAGGCUUGCAGACCUCCCCAUUUGGCCCUGAGGCUGUUGAGCCACAUCCACCUGAUAUCAGGUGUGGGCAGGUAAAAAUACUGAACUUGAAGGAACCAACUACCAGACUUGGUAUAAAGCAGUUUCUUAAUAUCCAUUCUUUUUUGUUUAUCAUAUUUAAGGACAAAUGCAACUCUCAAGAUCAGUCUUAGCUUCCUUCAUGAAUUCCACCCUAGCUUCCCAUUAUUUUGUAAUCUGUUGCAAUACUCUACAGUUAUUCUUUUAGAAUUCUCAUUGCACAUUAUUUUCAGAGUGGUUAUUUUAUGCUGGGCUAUAAUACUCCAAUCUGUGGUUAUUGCUCCUGGCAGUGAAAUUUGAAUUUCUUUGAUUUUGCAUUUGAAAAUGUAUUCUAAUCGCAGUAUCCACCCAGAGAAGAAUUUGUCAAAAUCUUUUAAACAAGUGAAUAAAAAUAAACAAUGGCACUAAAAAUUGUUUUUGACAAAUUGCUCUCCUAUGCUGAGGAAACUUUGCCUAUUUAAUUUAUCCAUGUUAUAAAAAAGUUUAAGGCCAGAAAAAGUGGCAAUCCUAGAGUACAAUACUGAGAAUAUAUAUAUUUUUAAAGUGAAACUUGGGUUUCAUUAUUGUUGACUAAUUUGUCUUACCUUUUUUUGCCACCCUACUUCACAGAAUGCCUGCCAAAUUCUCCGGAAGCGGCUAGAACCAAUAAUGAAGAAAAACCCACAGGGGAAAUGGGAAGAUUGGGUAAACAUAAUCUAUAUCCUAAAACUGAAUUAUGACCCAACUUGCAUCGCGUACUCAGAAAAAACUAUCCUUUUUCCAUUUGCUACGAAUCUAAAUAACAAGCCUUCCCCAACCAGGUGUCCUGCUGCACUGCAGCUUACCAGAUCUGAAGAGGAACAAAACUUUCACCUGAAAUGCAACUGAUUAAGCUAGACCAAAAUUAAAUCUAAGCAUGUUGUCCAAUCUCAGAUCUUGCACUGGUUCCAGAUUCAAUGCAAAACAUACACAGCAUUUUUGGAGAGAUGUCAAAAUCAUAGGGCAGUUCACAGUCUAUCAGUAGAUCUCUAGCCCAUUUCUGCAGGACUAUUUAACACCUGUUUUGUUAAUGGGAUAUUUGCACAUAAUGUAAGGUAACAAUAAAGGUAAAGGAUCCCUGGACGGUUGUCCAGUUGAAGGCUACUACCUUGCCUCAGGCCGAGAGAGCCUGCGUUUGUUCACAGACAGCUUUCCAGGUCAUGUGGCCAGCAUGACUAAACCGCUUCUGGCACAAUGGGACACCGUGAGGGAAACCAGAGUGCACGGAAAUGCCGUUUACCUUCCUGCCACAGUGAUACCUAUUUAUCUACUUGCACUGGUGUACUUUCGAACUGCUAGGUUGGCAGAAGCUGGGACCGAGCAAUGGGAGCUCACCCCGUUGCGCGGAUUUGAACUGCCGACUUUGCGAUCAGCAAGCCAAAGAGACUCAGUGGUUUAGACCACAGUGCCACCUGCGUCCCUUAAUGCAAAUAAUGUAGGAUUUGCCAAACCUUCGUCUGAUCUUGUAAUGCACUUCCUACUAGCUUCAGUAAAACUGCAUGCUGAGGAUUACUGUACUUCAUUCUGAUUUGUUAUGCCUUAUUAAUUCAGAGAUCCUUACUUUAAAUUGGACGAUUCGUCUUGUUUAAAAAACAAGAGUAGUCCUCAUAAGGCUUUUCCUUCUCAUCUUCCUCAUUGUGUUUUUAAAUGGUUUUCAGUGUUCAAGAGUUUUAAUAGGGUGCCUCAUUUAUUUAUUUUUAAAAAUUCAUUGAGUGUUGUGUUUUUAGUCAUAGCUGCUUGAAUUCAUAUUGUGAUCUGCCUGGGGUCUUGUAUUUGGAGCAAGGUAGGAUAUAAAUAAAAUAAAAAAGAGAUCUUGCACACGUAAUGGACAAGCAACCUCAGCUGUCUCCAUUUUAAACACAGAGGGACUUCAGCCUGUGAUGGGCUUUCCUACCCAGCAGUGUAACACAGACCACAUUCAGACAAUAAUAUCUCUGCCUGAUAAGCUGAAACAUGAUCAUCCAAACUGGUCUGGACUGUAGGACCCAUGCAGGCAGCUGGUUGCAAGCUGUCAGUCAGCAAAGGAAAAAGAGACAACCCACCUUUUGCUGCGAUGCUUAGAAUGUUUUUAGUUCUGUGGUGCUGAAGGGAUAGCAUAGGAAGCAGGCAGAUGUAGCUCUGGAAGACAAAUAAUAAAUCCUGCCUGUGUUGUGCAGAGAUAGAAAGUUCAUUCUGAAUGUUCCUUGUUAUUUUGAUGUAUACACAUUUAUUUUUCAAAUCUGAUUUAAAGAUAUUCCUCUUGCAGAUUAUGGAAGCUUAUGAGGAAAGCAUCAACCUCUCAGCUACAGGCUACUUCAAGUAAGGCAUCUAUCGUCGUUUCCUAAACUGCUGUCUUUUGGAGUACCACUAAGACUGAUUGGGGUUGGAUAGUUUAAAGUUAAGUCUGAGACCCUACCUGCCUGCGGACUGUCUUGCCAGAGUGGUGCAUGCUCUAGUUAUCUCCCGCUUGGACUACUGCAAUGCGCUCUACGUGGGGCUACCUUUGAAGGUGACCCGGAAACUGCAAUUAAUCCAGAAUGCGGCAGCCAGACUGGGGACUGGGAGUGGCCGCCGGGACCACAUAACACCGGUCCUGAGAGAUCUGCAUUGGCUCCCAGUACAUUUCCGAGCACAAUUCAAAGUGUUGGUGUUGACCUUUAAAGCCCUAAACGGCCUCGGUCCUGUAUACCUGAAGGAGCGUCUCCACCCCCAUCGUUCAGCCUGGACACUGAGAUCCAGCACCGAGAGCCUUCUGGCAGUUCCCUCAUUGCGAGAAGUGAGGUUACAGGGAACCAGACAGAGGGCCUUCUUGGUAGUCGUGCCUGCCCUGUGGAACGCCCUCCCUUCAGAUGUCAAAGAGAUAAACAUUCAGAAGACAUCUUAAGGCAGCCCUGUUCAGGGAAGUUUUUAAUGUGUGACAUUUUAGUGUAUUUUUGGUCUCUGUGGAAGCCGCCCAGAGUGGCUGGGGAAACCCAGCCAGAUGGGCGGGAUACAAAUAAUAAAUUAUUAUUAUUAUUAUUAUUAUUAAUGCCAACUAUACUUACUGUAUAUGUUACAACAAGGGGCUGUACUGUUUUCCAGGAGACCACAUCUUAUGUUGGAGGAGCCAGUGUUAGAUGUAAGGCUUUCUUCAGCCAGAACUCACAGGAACUUAGUUCUGGCACCUUUCAGGUGGCUGCCAUUUCCAUUAUAAGAGAACAAUGAAGGCGUUCAUGGAGAGCUCCAGCACCUAUUUUUCUAGAAAAAUUGCACUGGUUAGAUGGCAUCAAAGAAACCCCAAGAUUCCAGAAUUGGGGUGUGGACCAGUGUCUAUUGCCAUAAUCAGAUAGGGUUCAACAGGAAAAUACCCAUUCUGUCAUUGGGUAGUCCAUCUCACAGCCAGUUUCUUUUUCUGCUUCCCACCCUGUGCUGGCAAAAUACAGAGUGUUCAAGUAAUUUGGCCUUUUUUUACAUGAUUUCUGUUGAGCAUGCUGUAGUAAAACUGAAAUCUAACAUCUAAAUGACUCUUUCCUCCCCCUCCACCCAUCAGAGGAUAUGUCACCAAUAUGGACUGGAAGACAGGAGAAGGCCACGCAUUUCCAUACUACGUUUUUGGUACUGCUUGUUCAGAGGUUGAGAUUGACUGCCUGACAGGUGAUCAUAAGGUAAAAAUUGAGCCCUACCUCCUCUUUGGCAAUUCAUAGGCCACUGGGUGGUUUGAUGGGUCUCCUUUGCUCAGUGGCGUAGCGUGGGGGGUGCAGGGGGGGCCGGCCGCACCGGGCGCAACAUCUGGGGGGGGGGCGCUCGCACUCGCAGCUCUCUGCCCCUACUAAAAUCCACGGGUUAGGGGGCGCAAAUUACUUGCCUUGCCCCGGGUGCUGACAACCCACGCUACGCCACUGCCUUUGCUCUCUGUUUGGAUAUGAACCGCUCUUUAACUGAGGGAACAUUGUGUCACUAGAAGUUUUGAAAAGUAGCCAAUAUGACUGUGUAUCAAAAAGGAAUAAACAGCCAGCCACUGGAGAUGGAAAAUUCAAUUGCUGUUGGAAUGGACAACUGGGUUGUGCUUAAGACGCCCAUAUACAGCAACGGCUAGAAUACUCUUACUUGUGCCUUGGUAGUAUUAUAAACUGUAUCUGGAACCAGGCCCUGUCAUCACAGCCAUGUUUUUUGGAGGAGGACAUAACUCAAUGGGUACAACCCCUUAUUUGCAUAAGGUCCCAGAUUUAAUCCUUAUAAUUUCCAGUUGAAAGGAUCAGAUAGCAGAUUGUUUGGAUUGCUGCUGCCAGUGGGAGUAUUUAGUACUGAGCUAGUUGGAUGAACUUUAUAAGACAGCUUCAUAUGUUCUAGCGUAGACAGACCACUGGCUGCACUAGAGUAUGGUCUCUCCUUACAAGAUAAUGCUUGGAAUAGAAUUCUUCCUUUGUUGGAACCCCGGACUAUCUGGGACACAACAGUAAACCCCAAGUUUUCCAACUGCAAGAGAGAGGCCAAACAUCAACAUCAAAAUGUCACGUUUCUGGUUUCCAUCCCUCUUCCUAGGACCCUGGUACCUACGGGACCGCCUCUCCCGGUAUGCCCCACGGAGAGCCUCAAGGUCCAUAAACAGCAACACCCUACUGGUCCUGGGCCCUAAGGAAGUUAGAUUAGCUUCAACCAGAGCCAGGGCCUUUUCAACACUGGCUCCGGCCUGGUGGAACGCUCUGCCUCAUGAGACCAGGGCCCUGCAGGAUCUGAUUUCUUUCCGCAGGGCCUGUAAGACAGAGUGGUUCUGCCUGGCCUUUGGCUUGCAGCCAAUUUGAUUCCCUCCCCCUCUUUCUUUUUCCUUUUUCCUUUCUCCUCCUGUGAUGAGGCUGCAUUUUAAUAUUUUAAUGUUUCAAUAUUUUAACUGUUGUAUUUUAAUCUUGUUUUUAAGUUGUAUUCAUUCAACUUGCUUUUAUUAUUGCUUGUUAGCCACCCUGAGCCCUGCCUUGGUUGGGGAGGGCGGGGUAUAAAUAAAAAAUUAUUAUUAUUAUUAUUAUUAUUAUUAUUAUUAUUAUUCCUUGUUCUGGUCAGUGGGGGGAAUCAUCUGAUUCUCAUUUUCAGGGACUUCUGCAAGCAUAAGUUCAAAAGGGCGAUUCAGGGCUCAGGGCUUCAGAAAUUUUCUGAAGUGCUAGAAAUUCAAUUUUGAGGCCCCUGAUAUUGUGUUCAUGGUUAUUGUACUUUCGAGUUGGGUGUCCUUUGUAUUCUAUUUUUUCUUAAGGCUUUCUAUAAAGAUAAUGUGCUGACAACAGCUUAUUUGUCCAACAGAACAUCCGAACAGACAUUGUCAUGGAUGCCUGCUUCAGCAUCAAUCCAGCUGUUGACAUAGGACAGGCAUGUACCAAGAGUUUUGAACUUCCACUUUAUACUAGCUGUAAGCAAAUAGAUUGGGGCCUUUCUGAAUGGUAAAAUAAAUAAAUAAAUGCCCUGUUGCAUUUUAUUCUUGAAGUGCUUCUUCCUGUAAGCCUUGAUCCAGUGCCAAAAGUGCAAUUUUCCACCUGCAUCUAAUGGAUGGGUAGGAAGCCUUGCUGCUUGCUGGCCAAGGAAGCAGCCUUUCAUGAAUAAGUUUGGUGGGCAGUCCUUCUCCAAAGUGUACUGAUUUGGUACUCCCCUGUGCGUAGUGCAUCUGAUUCAAGGAAAAGUAAUAUGCAGAGAGGGGACUUGAAAGGGCACCACAGCAAAGGGUAUAAAUGAAAUGUCUUUCAUAUUGGAACUAUCAUUCAGUAGCCAUUUCUCCAUUAGCAAGUGAUCUGCCUACAUUAUACAGUACUUUAUGAAUAAAUUUACACCAGCUUUAUAGCUGACACGUAUACUUGUUUUUGCUGCCACUGAAGCAGUCCUAUAUACUAAAAGGGACUUCCUCUUUCAAUGAUCGCACAGUAUAUCCACCCUGCAGAAUGAAAGCCCCAACAACUUCCUUGAAAACAGGCAGUACCUUUCCCCACCCCAACCAUUCCCCAAUUCAUUUUUAUUGCAUUUUUAUUAAGGGGUUUAGCAAUCAGCAUGUCUGGAACUGCAGAACUGAACACAGAGGAGUGUCAGAGCAAAUUCCCAGCCCUCGUGGCUGCACGGGGAAAAGAGUAAAUACUUUGAGCAAAUCGCAAUCUAUUUAAAAUGAAAAUCAGAAUUUAUGCAUUUUUAUUCUGUCAGAUUGAAGGCGGCUUUAUGCAGGGACUUGGACUUUAUACGAUGGAAGAAAUAUACUUCUCCCCAGAAGGACAGCAGUACACGCUGGGUCCAGACACAUAUAAAAUUCCUGCUGUCUGUGAUGUCCCAGAGCAGUUUAGAAUCUACCUCUUGCCAAACUCAAGAAACCCAAUUGCAAUCUACUCCUCCAAGGUAAACAAAUUAAAACUGUGGUGGUAGAUAAUACAUAAGAGGGUGUUUGGUACAGGUUAGUUACUAUUACAAUGAAUCUCCAGGAGGCUAAGUUAAAGCAUUCAUCUCAAAGCAGAUGCUGUAGAGAUGGUUAUCUCUAGAAACAAAGGCAGGCUUUUAAAGCCAUUUUCUGGUAUUUUAUUGCCAGUUUAGCCUCUUAUGUUUCCCCAUUCCAGCUAAUGCCUAAAUAUCUUAGGUGGAUGCUUUGCCAGUCUGGACACAUUGUCUGCAAUCUGCCAAACUCAGACUUGCACAAGCACUUAAUUUUAAUGGGGUUAUGCAGAACAAUUUAUUUAAAAGUUUUUUAAUUGAGUUUUAGCUGAGGUGUGGUGGUGACACCUUGCAACCAUUUGUGAGACAGGAGCUUGCAUGCCCAUCCAGAACAAGGUGACUAACUAUCAGCUGGUGAUUGGGAAAAAAUAUUGUCUAAACCAGGGUUGGCAACCUAAGGCCAAUCACCUUCUCAGUCUGGCCCGUGGACGUUCCAGGAAUCAGCGUGUUUUUACAUGAGUAGAAUGUGUCCUUUUAUUUAAAAUGCAUCUCUGGGUUAUUUGUGGGGCAUAGGAAUUCGUUCAUAUAUUUUUUUCAAAAUAUAGUCCGGCCGCCCACAAGGUCUGAGGGAUGGUGAACCGGCCCCCUGCUGAAAAAGUUUGCUGACCCCUGGUCUAAACUUUAUGGAUCUUCCCUUAUCUUUGUGUUCCAUCGUUGGUUGUCUUCAUCUUCCUACAGGGUGUAGGUGAAGCCGGAGUAUUUCAAGCAUGCUCUGUGUUUUUUGCUAUUCGGGAUGCAGUGGCUGCAGCCCGGAAGGAAAGAGGAUUGCACCGUGUUUUCACAAUGGACAGUCCACUGAACAUAGAAAGGAUUCGCAUGGCCUGUGUUGAUGACUUUACAGAGAUGGUAAAUGCUUCCUUAAAAACAUGCCCCCCCCCACUUAUAUUCCAUUCAUUUUGUGCUUUCUUCCUGUUGGCAUCAGCAAGACACAGAAAACUGAGGUAGAGAACUGAGGGGCCCAGUAUGACUCCGCAGAGCAGAGAACCUAGGAUAAAAUGGCUGGAGGACCAGCUAGUCUAGUGGGUGUAGCCGGGGAGGGGGCAGCUGCCCCCCAAAUAAGUAAAAAUCAAUACUAAUCAACACAAAUCUGAGGUUCUGCCUCCCCUAUGUUAUAAGAAAACACUGCUCCCUUUCCCUUAUGGGGUAUCUAAGAGCCCGUAUAGAGUCCUGAAGUAGGUUCUCUAUCAGUAGGAGAAAAUAACAGAGGCCAACCAGAGAAUAUUGAGAAGCAAAGCAGCUAGUAAGCCUGAUCUUUAUUAACUGUUGCAACAGGGUGCUCCCCUCACACGCAGGAAAGGAGGAGGACCCAGAACGAUGGUGCGCAAGCCCCUAUACAGCCUUUUGAAGUUGCUCACCCUGUAGCCAGAGACCCACCCCAAAAAAUCAUACAUACAUCACAGAAGGAGGCGGUCUCCAACAAAAUUCCUGUUUGUCAAGAUACCUGUUAAUAGCCACCGAUUCCUCUACCUGGGCAGCCUGGGCAUUCUUUUGUGAUGGUAAAUACUUAGUUCCUGAAUCCAGGUCACAGGCUCACCCUAUUCAUACUCAAAUACGUCCUUAAGACAGGAUUUGAGCAAAGAGACAAUGGGGAGGCUUUCCCAUUUCCUUCCUCACUGCAGAGAAAUAUUUGAGGUCAAUUUGGGAGAGUCAAAAUGGCUUCAGGAUUGCUCUCCUGCACUAUUUCAGACACAUGGUUUAUAUACUUCUAUGUAUGUGUUUGCCUUGUAGAUUUAUGAACAUAUGAUUUAUAUAUAUGAGACCUUAGAAUUCCUAUAACACCUAAAAAAAGCCUGCUCCCCUAACAAAAAUCCUGGCUAAGUCCAUGCCCUGCCCCCAUUUUACCAGUAAAAAGGUAGCUUUUUAAAUGUUUUGUUUGUAAAUAGAACAUAUUUUAUUUAUAAUUUUUAUAAUUUAUACAAAAUGCAAUUACAUAAAACAAUAGGAACAUAAAGAAAUAUUGUUGAAGCAGAAAAACAUAGGGCUGUAAUCAUAGGGGUAAUCAUAGGGCUGGAAGACACAGAAGGUAGUCUUUUUAGUGCAACCCCCUGCAAUGUAGAAAACUCAGCUGAAACCUAUUAGAUGCAGUCCAAAAGGCGCACAGGGAGUUCUGUAUACUGUAUAUGGGAGAAUUUUUAAAAGCAAGUGGUUCUCACUGACCUGGUGCAAAAAGUUCUUGUCAUCCGGAGGAGCCCUGGUUGCCUAGAUAGAACACCAUAGUCCCCCACACACUUACCUGGGAGUAAGGCCCACUGAAAUCAGUGCAGCUUUCUUCUGAGUAGACACUUAGUUAUUUACUAGAUGCAAGUCAGCAGCACCAGAUGACCCCACUCAGCUCAGCGCUGGAGUGGAUUUCACCCCAAGCCUUGCAGAGCUCGGCCCCUCAGCAACAUCCAAAGGCCCUGAUCCACUAGGUGCUGGAGUGGAUUGCACCCUGCGCCUUACAGAGUCAGUUCCAGACUGCCACCGGGCCCAGACCAGGCGGUAGCAACAAGUAGCUGUGGCUCACUCACGCCUACCCAUUGCAACCUCACCUCACCUCCACCCGUACCUGACCUGGGAGUUCUGGAUUGAGGCGCUACAGGAGCCUCAGCGAUCACCCUCUCUUGCAAGAAACAAACCAGGACUGCUCCAAGAAAAAGCGGGACAAAAAGGAGCAAUAGGCCCUGGUGAGCUGCCCUCUUAUCCGCUUGUGAUUGGCCAAGCGGAUAGCCAGUCAAUCAGGAUUUUUUAUUUUUUUAAAAAAAGUAUUCCCCUACUUCAAUGCUCACUUCCCUUUGUGGCCCCCUAUUUAUAUGUGGCCUCCUAGCCUCGUACUGUGCCCCCUCCCCAUUUAUACAUUUUUCACCUGUGGCCCCCUUGGAAUAUCCAGAUGCCCACAACAAUCGGACAGUAAGUGCUUCAACUACUUGAAAGGUGCAAAAUAAAGCACUAGGGAGCAGUAUUGUGAGUUAGAGUCCUGCUCCAAAAGAUACAAACUUCAGUCCUGGGAUAUAACCAGAAUCCUACCCUUCCCCUUGUUGUAAACAAAAAUUGCCCUUUUCCCUUAUGGGGUAUCCAAGAGCCCAUAUAGAGUCCUCACAUAGGUUCCCUAUUGGUAGGAGAGAAUAACAGAGCCAACCAGAAAAUACAGUGGUGCCUCGCAAGACGAAAUUAAUCCGUUCCGCGAGAGUCUUCGUCUAGCGGUUUUUUCGUCUUGCGAAGGAAGCCCAUUGACGGAUUAGCGCUAUUAGCGCUAUUAGCGGUUUAGCGGCUAUUAAAGGCUUAAAGGCUUAGGGGAUUAGCUGCUAAAAGGCUAUUAAAGGCUAUUAAAGGCUUAGCAGAUUAGAUAAAGGGGGGAAAAGCGAAAAAAAAAAUCUCAAGACUCGCAAGACAUUUUCGUCUUGCGAAGCAAGCCCAUAGGGGAAUUCGUCCUGCGAAGCAACUCCAAAACGGAAAACCCUUUCGUCUAGCGGUUUUUCCGUCUUGCGAGGCAUUCGUCUUGCGGGGCACCACUGUAUUGAGAAGCAAAGCAGCUAGUAAGCUUGAUCUUUAUUGAUCUGUUGCAACAGGGUGCUCCCCUCACAAGCAGGAAAAGAGGAGGACCCAGAAAAAUGGUGUGCAAGGCCUUAUAAAGACUUUUGAAAUUGCCACCCUGCAGAUCAAGACCACCCAAAGAAACAUCAUACAUACAUCACAGAAGGGGUGUAACCUAAGACCACCCCUCAGAUACAUCAUACCAUAUCACAGAAAAGGUGGUCUUAAAACAGAAAUUUGAAUGUUGUUUUUCUCCUGUUGUUGUUUAUUUCCUGUGUGGCAGGUUACUUGAUUGGAUUGCCUGGGUAGCCUGGCCAGUCUUUUGUAAUGAUAAAUACUUAGUUCCUGGGCCAUGUCACAGGCUCACACCCUAUUCAUAUCUUAAAUGUGCCCUUAAGACAGGAUUUGUGAGGAAAGAGACAAUGGGGAGGUUUCCCACUUUGACCUUGCAGAGAAAACAUUUGCUCAGUUUAGGAAUCAAAAUGGUUCCAGGUCGGUCUUCCUGUGCUGAUCUAGGUACGUGCUUGGUUAGUACAUUUAUGAACAUUUCCGUACAUCUAAGACCUCAAAAUUCCUAUCACACCCUUCACCUUAGUUGCUUCCAGAGUCCAAGAUGCCGCACAAGGACAGUCAGGUCCAGCCACUCACGAUUUUGUGCCAUAUUAUACUAUAUAAUAAGAAUAAUUAUUAUUACUUAACAUUUUCAAUAGGAAAGGCGGGGAGGGGGCAUGUCAGAAAACUAUAAUUGCAAAAUAACUUUCAAAAGCUGCUCUUGGAAAUAUUUGACAUCAAGGUUGUAAACCUGUAGCUAAUUUCCUGGGAGUGAGCCCCAUAGAACUCACUGAGAUUUACCGUACUUCUGUUCUGAGUUUGUAUAGGCAUGUGUAGGUAUGUACAGGUUUGGUCCUUAAUAUGCAUAACAGUUUAAAAGAUUUUUUUAAAAUCAUUUUUUAUACCUCAUAGUAAUAGAGAUAUAUGAUCACUGGUUUGAAAAAGACAUUGCAGGAAGUGUCUCCCUUCCUGCUUCUAAUGGCUCCCCCUCAAGGCCGCUCCAAAACAUUUUGCUGCUGAGACAAAAGUCAAAAUGGUGCUCUCCCCCAACCAUGCCUCAUUCAAUAAAUGAAAUUGUGUGGUGUUUCCUGUGUGCCUGGUGCCAGAGCAGGCAGGCUCUGAGCAUAUUCAGAGUGCCUCACCACAAGAAAAUAAAUAUGCAGUUAUGAAGCUGACUACAUUGCACAAGAAUUGAUGCUUUUGAAUUCUGGUGCUGGAGGAGACUCUUGAGAGUCCCAUGGGCUGCAAGAAGAUCAAACCUCUCCAUUCUGAAGGAAAUCAGCCCUGAGUGCUCACUGGAAGGACAGAUCCUGAAGCUGAGGCUCCAAUACUUUGGCCACCUCAUGAGAAGAGAAGACUCCCUGGAAAAGACCCUGAUGUUGGGAAAGAUGGAGGGCACAAGGAGAAGGGGACGACAGAGGACGAGAUGAUUGGACAGUGUUCUCGAAGCUACCAGCAUGAGUUUGACCAAACUGCGGGAGGCAGUGGAAGACAGGAUUGCCUGGCGUGCUCUGAUCCAUGGGGUCAUGAAGAGUCGGACACGACUAAACAACAACAUUGCACAAUGGAGGAAGCCUCUGGUAUCCUUUGCUGUUGGGCUUCCAGUAUAUCAAUAAACUCACAGGAGGGAGAAAGAAGUAUAAUGGGGUAUUGAAAGGCGUGGGGGCAAAUAAACUAACGUACACUAGCCAGAAGACACCCCCCUGUAUGUGCGUGUGAACAAUUUCACAAUUGUAAGUCGCUUUGGUUUGCCCUGAGCAAGAUAAAGUGAUUAACAAGUUCAAUAAAUAAAUAAUAAAUAAUAAUAACUGUUUGUGCUGCCUAUAUAGCAUGCAGGUAUGGACGCUUGCAAAGUGAUGUCUAAAAAAGUUCUGUUAGAGAGGAAAAAACUAAACUACAGUGAUUCAAUGGCUGAAGUAUGUACAGAGCGAUAUAAACUCGUACCUCACAUGUUUCAAUGCACUGUAGCUUUCCUCUCAUUAAAACAAGUUUUAUAUUGGUUGAUUUUCCUUUCUUUUCUAAUAUGAAAUUGCACAUAAGAAUAUCCCUUCUGUUUCUCUCUCUCAUUUUUAGAUUCCAAAGGACAAGCCUGGGACCUAUAAACCAUGGGCUAUUGAAGUAGACUAA